AUGGAGAUAUUUAAACUAGGAAUGAAAGGCAAUAUCACAGAAGCACUUAAACAAAUGAAAAACCAAGAGGAAAAAGCGAAAAAAGAAUUUCCUUUUUUAAGUGUACUGAGUACUUUGAACCAACAAAGGCAUGAGAUUGUAUGUAACGAUUGAAAGAGAAAGAUUAACACAUACAAGAAAAAAUGCAGGAAAAAAAACGACCAAACACAAUAUAGUGUUAUCGGGGAUGAUGUUUGUACAUAGACUUUGAUAUACACGAAAGUUGUGGAUGACAAAAGCAGCAUGGCUAUGGCAUGCAUCUGUAAUCUAUUCAUUUACAGAGUCAAAUUGCCAUCAAAUGUGUAGGUUAGAAAAUAUAGUUACGUGAAGCAUGCUUCCACUUCCUCUUUAAAGGUUGUUGUAGUAGAGGUAGGUAUGGCAGAUUAUGAUUGGCGAAUGGCCAGUUUUGCAAGGAGGAGAGGGCCCAACCAGCCUGGGUUACCUUUGACAGGACGAACUCCAAAUCGCCAUAGCGACUUUUGCAAGCCCAUUGGUCCUGUCACUGGUCAUAUGUGUCCCUUUGUUGCCCUGAGAUGCCAGACUGUGUAGAGAGGCAGUGAAACAACCUGCAUUGUGAGCAAUAAUGCAAAGAUAAUAUUAUAUUGGAGAUCUUUAUGUAGGUUAUGUAGGUAUACCAGAGUUAACAAAUUCAACUAGACCACAAGCUAUUGGCAAAUGGAAAUUCAGUGGUAAUUCAGCUAUAAGUAUGCCAUGAAUGACUCAUUGCACUCAAUGUUGUUUGAAAGCAGGUACUUGUUUCAACAGUAGCAGCACAGUUGAUAACUGUGGUCAUCAAGAGUGGAUUUAAGCCACGGAAUGACUGACAUAGGCUGCAAAAAUGCAUCCAUAAAAAAAAAAGCCUUUCCCACAAUUUGUUUUGCUGUUGAUCAAAAACAAGGCAAAACAAAAAAAAAACAUAUUGCAACAAACAAGUGGCAAAAUUCAUUUUUGGAUCAAAAAGCUGUUACCCUACAUAUUAAAAAUUAUAUCCCUUAAUAAGUAUUCAGUCAGUUGAUGUCUAAACAUCUGAACAUAAUCUGAUAAAACUACCUCUUCAGGCAGAGAAUUCCACAUCCUUAUUGUCCUUACUGUAAGAAACCCUUUCCUUUGCCUUAAACUGUAUCUCCUCGACUUAUGUCCUAUGUAUAGUCCUGUUUCCUGACAAUGGUUUGUAACAAAAUACAUUUAUAUAAUGCUAUCAUAUCCCCUCUGGUCCUUUUUAUAUAUGGCAACACCUUACUGCUGAUUGACAAUCCACAUUGUUGCCUAGUUUGUUGUCUAUAACAAUUCCCAAAUCCAUCUUGUAUAUUGGCUCUAAUUCACUAAUGUUUAGGGUAUAAGUUGCUUGUUCAUUCUUUACUCCCAAGUACAUAACUUUUGCAUUUCUCUACAUUAAAUUUAAUCUGCCAUUUGAGUGCCCAGUCCCCCAAUCUAUCUAAAUCCAUCAGCAAUUGUAUUACUUUACAGAGUUUGGUAUCAUCUGCAAACACUGAAACAUGACUUUCAAUGCCAAUUUCAAGAUAAUUUAUAAUAGAAGCGGUCCCAGAACAGAACCCUGAGGAACACCACUUACCACUUUUGUCCAGCUUGAAAAUGUAACAUAAAUGAUAACUCUCUGUAUAUUGUCUUUAAGCCAGAGUUCUACUCAAGAACAAGAAUUUUAAUCUAGACCCAGUGGCGUACACACAAUCCAUGGGGCCCCGGUGCGAAACUGAUCCAUGCCCCCCACAUACAUACAGAGACACAUACAUACACACAGAGACAUAUACAUACACACAUAAACACACACAUACUUACAGACACAUACAUACAUAGACACACACAAACACAUACAUACACACAGACACAUACAUACAGACAGACUCAUACACACAUACAUACAGAGACACAUACAUACACACAGACAGACACACAGACACAUACACACACAAGACACACAUACAUACAAAGACACACACACAUACAAACAGACAGGCACACAUACAGACAGACACACAGACACAUACAGACAGACACACACACAUACAUACAUACGGUCAGACAUACACAUACAUACAGAGACACACACAUACACAUACAUACACACAGACAGACACACACAGACACACACACACAGGCACACACACAAACACACACAAACAGACAGACACAUACACACAUAGAGACAGACACACAGACACAUACACACACAUACAGAGACACACACAUACACACAUACAUACAUACAAACAAAAACACACAUAUACAAAAUGUUUAAGUCACCCUCCUGUUUCCUACCUUUUAGGUGCAGGAGAUGACUUUCCCUGGGGUCCAGUGAUGGAUCAGGCUGGUGGGAGUCAGAGUUCCCACUCUGACUCUCUCUCCUUCCCCCCGCGCGGGCUCUCUCUGAUAUCUGGGAGGAGUGACAGUAGUCAGAUGGGGCCCCGGUCGUGCUAUUAAAGCGCCGCAGCGCUGACCGGGGCCCCCUGGAAAUUCAUCUCCAUCGGGUGGCCCUAAUAGCAUGGGCCACCAAAUGGGCCCCUUGAACGUGCUGCUCAUGGGCCGAGGCAGCAUGUACGCCACUGUCCGGGGCGGUAUGUACGCCACUGUGUUCCUUUAACUUUCUUUAGUUGAUGCAGCACCCUGUCUUAAGUCAUCCAAUCACAGUUUUUUGCAGCAAUCAUUUGCAUAUCUCUUGCCAUUCCUCCUUGAGGUUCCUCCUUGAUAUACAGUGACUAAAAAUAUUAUUAUUUAAACUUUUUGCCUUUUCCUGGUCUUCAUUAACUAGCGCUAGUUUUUUUUUUUAGAGUUUAUGUACUUAAACUGUCUCAUUUUCUAGCUUAGCCCAUCUAAUCGCCUUUCUGCAUACAUUAGUGGCUUCCUUAUAUCUUAAUUUGGAUAACCCUGACAGUGUUGUAUAGAAAACAAAUAUAAGAGAAAGUCCAGAAUCGACACAAUCUAGAGCAAUAACAAUCUCUGUAUUGAGUUGUGACCCUAUUGGUGUAAAUCUUAAGUUCUCUAUUCAUUGAAAAAAAGGAAUAUGAAGAAUUGGUGCUGUAAUUCUAUAUGUUAUUGCUAUAUACCAAAUGUCUGUUUCAUGUUCAAUACAUUGAAAUAGUCCAACAUGUAAACUUAGAUAUAAAGUAAAUAAAGUACAUAGCGUUGCGUUUCAGAAACACAAUGUCUUGCACAUUUCAUAUUACCCUGUCCAUGGUACUGGAUAGGGUCAAUUGGAUAUAGACAGCAAAUCAUAAACCCUCCUAUUAUAUUCUAGACCCCCCACUCUAUGUUUUAAAGAUGCAAGUAUUAAAUGAACAUUGAUGGCUUUAAAUGUACGUUUGCCCCCUACUAAUCACUACAGUGUGCUCUAGUGGUUAUUGUGCCAGGACUUCCAAUGCACCCCUCCCCAUUGUAAGUAGUCAAACCAUUUUAGAACUCCAGUUCUAACCCAAUAUGGCAUUAGUUAGGCCAUCGACAGCCCUUUCAGAAAGACUGUUAUAUCCCAAUAUUCUUGAAUAAAAAGUCAGCAUCGGAUCACUUUUCAAAUGUAUCCAAAAAAUGAAGUAUUAAACGUGGGUGUAUGAUUUUUUUGAAACAUGCUAUUAAAAUAUGAUAAAUUAUCUGCUUUGAAAAUUAGAAGAACAUCAUAUAUUUGUCUUGCCCUCACUGUUAUUAUUCCAUUCCAUAGUUAUUUAGAUAGAACUAAUCCAUGUGUGGUGUUGCUUUUUUUUAAAUUUUUUAUUUUUUUACAUAUUUAAAGGAUUACUCCAAACAUCAUAACUACAAGACUGCAAAAACAUUUAUUGGAUUACCCCAUUAUGGAAAAAAAAUGUUUUAAAUCAGAUAAGAAGAAGUCCAGUUCAGUGGUAUACCAACCAGGGCAACACUUUUAAGUUUUCAAAGAAAGCAUAAUACCACAGAGAAUGAUAUAAAAGGACACAAUGUGGUCCUUAUCCAUGAAAUCUAGUUGAACCUUGCAAUCCUUGACACUUAUAUGCAUGGGGUUCUGUGCAUGGGAAUACAUAAUCUAAUUCUAACUACUAUAUAAGGCCAGUGGUGUGUAUUUUUUUUAAACGUUAUAUAUUCAAAUAGUGACAUAUAACCCACAGGAUAGUUUUACAUUUAAAUGAACAGUACAGGAUCAAGAACACAAACCUGUAUUCCUGACCCUAUAGUAUUAAAAGUACUAUCUUGCCUUGCUGUCCCUCUUGCCCCGUAGAUAUAGUAAAAUCUUACCUUUUAUUUCACUCUGCUGCUGUUGACUCUGCCCCUGAUCUGCCUGCUUGGCUGACAUCAUCAGAAGUGGUAAUCUGAGUUAACCACAAUGCUUUCACAUAGAAAAGCAUUUAAUUGACUGAUCUUGUCAAGGAGGCAGAUCAGGGGCAGAGCCAGCACAAGCGAAUCACAACCAUAGCCAAUCAGCAUCUCCUCAUAGAGAUGCAUUGAAUUAGUGCAUUUGUAUUAUUAUUAUUAUCGCCAUUUAUAUAGUGCCAACAGAUUCCGUAGCGCUUUACAAUAUCAUUAGGGGGGAUUUAACUAUAAAUAGGACAAUUACAAGAAAACUUACAGGAACGAUAGGUUGAAGAGGACCCUGUUCAAACGAGCUUACAGUCUAUAGGAGGUGGGGUAUAAAACACAUUAGGACAGGAAAUAGCAAUCAAAUAAGGUGGGAGUGAAACAGAGCUGGAGGAGAGAGUAGAGUGCUGCCCUUUAGGAGAGAGCAAGAGACCGUUAUGUACCAGUUUUAGGAUACAUUGUGGUCAAAGUUCAUGCGUACUGGCUCUAUGAACAAUCACUGUGCAUAUAGACAAUGGUGAAAUAUAUGCACAAAACAAUCAAAAUUGGCCAAGGCCCAAUAUUUCUGUGAAAAUCUGAACAAUAACCUAUCAAACCCUAGAAACUUUUGGAAAGUCAUACAUAAAUUACAAACUCCCCCAAACCACUCCCAACCCUCCACUUUCAAAGUGGAUAACCAAACCCUGCAACUUCUCUUAGAUGUAGCAGAUGCCUUUAACAAUUAUUUUGUCUGAGGCUCCACUACCCUGAUAGCCAAGCUAAUAAAUGACACACAUCCUGAAACUAUAAAUGUGGAUCAGGCCCUUACUAAAUUUGCAAGGACCCAAUAUAGAGACAAGUUCAUUUUUAGACCUGUACCUAUUAGUGUCAUUAAGAAACACCUUACUAAUCUAAAAAUGAAAAAAACAGUCCGGACCUGAUCAAAUCCCAGCAAUGCUGUUGAAGCUCAGUGCGCCGGCAAUUGCUAAACAUGUCACAACCCUAAUUAACGAAUCCUUGGUGUCAGGAUACAUACCUAAACUUCGGAAGACUGCAAGAGUAGUGCCUAUCCAUAAAAAUGGUGACACUACUUUGGUUUCUAACUAUAAAAAUGCGUCCAUAUGCAACGUGACUAUUACUAACAAUCUAAUCAUCUGAUCCAUGAUCAAUCGCCCGAAUCACUCCACUACAACUGCCCUCUUAAAAGUUUGCAAUGACAUCCAAAAUGGCAUGGAACAAGAAGACCUAACUGGAGCUAUUUUCAUUGAUUUUGCAAAUGCCUUUGACACAGUAGACCACGACAUUCUACUGCACAAACUAAAAAACCUAGUUAUUGGUGAUUGUCCGCUAACCUGUUUUCGAUCAUAUGUAUCAGAUCGCUCACAAUAUGUGUCCAUUUCUGAUAACAACUCCCUCCCUCUCCCAGUCACAUGUGGUGUUCCCCAAGGUUCCAUUCUCGGCCCCCUACUAUUCACAUUAUUUAUAAAUGAUCAGCCUAAUGUCUGCAAAUCCUCAAAUGUACACAUGUACGCAGACGACACAGUAAUCUAUGCAAGCAAAUCCAAGACCAGUUCACAGAGGUAGAAAAGUGGAUUGCAAAAAACAAACUCUUCCUAAACACUGACAAAACUGUCACAAUGAUCUUUGGAACAGUACCUAAAUUACACAAAUUACACAAUUCCCACCUAUCCAUUGAAACAAAUUCAAACAGCACACUGACUGCAGUCCAUUCUUUCAAAUACUUUGGUAUGUUGGUAGACCACAAUCUAUCUUUUGGCCUCCACAUAGAAAAACUUGCAUCUAAACUUUAUCCAAAACUAGGUGCCCUGUACAGAAACAAAUCCUGCCUAAGCCCUACAGUAAAGGAAAAGAUUGUACAGCAAAUGCAGAUGCCAAUCAUUGAUUUUGCACGGCAAACCUACCUUAAUAAACUCAAUACAUUGUAUAACAUUGUAUAACUCGUUCUGACGAUUUGUGCUACAAUGUAAUUACAGGACCCACUAUUGUGACAUGCUGGAAUAACUAAACUGGUUGUCGCUGGAAUCCAGGCGCACCCUUCAUCUUUCCAGCCAUGUGUUAAAGAGCUUUUCUGAGAAGCUGUUCCCACCUCCUAUAACUGCCGAUCCAGUACCAGCACUUUAUUUAGUCUACCUCAAUACAAAAAGAAAGCAGCCCGAUCCUCCUUUUCCUCCAGAGCACCGCAAUUAUGGAACGACAUCCCGCACACUUUCAAAUUUUACCCAAGCCUAAAGUCCUUUAAGAGAUCCCUCUCUACAUACCACAAAACAGAAUGCAUGUGUCAUGCUUGAUUAUAUAUUUCCUACCUGUUCUAUGUUAAAUUUUGUAAAUAUUGUGUUUUAUUAUACUCUAUUGUAUCAAUGCAAUAUUUUGUGGACCUAGGACAUACUUGAAAACAAGAGAAAUCUCAAUGUAUCUUUCUUGGUAAAAUAUUUUAUAAAUAAAUAAUUAGAAUUAGAAUUUUUAAAUUUUGCUGGCAUUUUGAAAAUCAGUAUUCCCAGUACUAGCAUGUUCUAUAAAUUAUAUCCCUUAACUAUCCAAAACUCAGUGGGCCACUUCAGGCUCUUGUACCACCGUCUAGGGUUGGGUUCUGGGUGUCUUACAUCCAGGAGCACCAAUAAAUUGACCUCAGUCAGCACUGCAUGAGUGCUUCAAUUUAUAUGCUCACACUAUGCUGAAGGCAUUUCAAGCAUUACCAGUGUGACAGAACACCCCGUCACUAACAAUACUUUGCUCAUGAUUUCCUCAUUCGAGUUCGGUAACCGAACAAACCCACAAAUAACCCUUGUUAUACCUCCCGUAUUCAGCCCACCUGGGAGCUUGUUAACCUCGUUGACCCCUAUUGACACAUCCAUAAUUGGUUCACACCUCAUUACUACUAGCGUUCUGCUGGGUGGCUGCCAUUCUCAUAGAUGAACACGUGGAAAAUGAGUUGGCGGCCAUCUUGUUGCACGAAAGCAUGCAGCAGUGUUCGGUCGCCAAGUACAUGGAACUGAAAUAAGACAGACUAACUGUUUUGUUCACUUUUUGACUCCCGAAAGAGACCGACUGCCACCACCUAUCUACUGGAACUAUUUUGGGCAGGUGCCAAGUGUGCGGUCGGUCAAAACUUUACCCCGGUGGCGAUUCGGCUAUGUUCAUGGGAUCUGUUCGCUAUUUGGAUAUGUUUGGCGCUCAGAUCUAGGCCAUCCGGCGAUAUAGAACGUGAGGGGGUCCCUUGUAAAAUUAUAUCUGUUUUGGGGUGUUUUGUGUUUUGAACAUUGUACCUCUGUGCCUGGGAGAUAAUUAGUUUAGGCAAAAGUACACUCAAUUAUCUCCCAGACACAGAGAUGCCAGGGAGGAGUUUGUAUGUAACUGUAUGGAGACCCCCUGCUGGGAGUCUAUGUAUAAAUUGCCUGUAGCAUACCCCAUUAAACCAUUUCACUCCCAGCAUUAAAUCUCGGCUAAUGUCUGUUGGGGAAGGCUAUAAUCACGCCAGAGCUUUAAUCACCUGGCAGCUAUAAUCACUUAAGCAGCUAUAUUACUGAAUCCAGGGCAGCAGAGUUCCAGAGAGGGGGGGUGAGACCCUUGUCCCUAUCUGGGUGGCCCAACAUCUGGUGGCAGCAGAGGGAUGGUUCUUUUUCCCAAGGUUAGAUGCUGAACUCGGAACUAGCAGCGGAUUAGCGGAUGGAGAAUGGCUAAGAGCAGCUAAAGCGAUCCACACUAAAGGUCUUGCUGGAGAGCCGGGGACAAAUCACUAGCAACCUUACGAAAAGGGCUUUAAUUGCCAAACUAAUGGAGCUGGACUGACCCAACCUUCUCAUCAAACUAAUUUCACAGAACACCAAACAGAUGCGGGAUGUUCUGCUUCGCCUGGCCUUGUUCGGGCCAAACCCUCCGGCUGAAAUAAUCAUGCAAGUCUUUAUGAACACAGAUGCAGAGGCGCGAGACAAGUGGGAAUAACAGCUGCGCUUAGCCGAGAUCCAGCAUUCGGGAGCCCCUGCGAUUGAAAGCCCCACUCCACAACUGGAACAGAGGAAUGUACCUUUCACAGCCUUUAAAGAUUUCAAGAGGCAGAGGACGAGAUUGAUGGGUACCUCGCAGAUUUCGAAAGACAGUGCGCUCUUCAUAAAGUACCAGAAGAUGAAUGGGUACCGAUUCUGGCCGGGAAAUUAUCAGGGAGAGCUGCUGAGGCGUUUCGGGCCAUAUCAGCGGUGGGGAUAAUUCCACCAGCGCUGUGGCAAUAGAGCAGUAUUUUCUGCUCUACUCUUGUGAGCAUAUUUUAUUUUAUUUCAUUUAUUUUAUUGUUCCUACUGAGAGCACUACUUGCUGUUUCUUAUACCUUGUGGAAUACGGCGGAACCCAAGCCGGACAGACGGACCUACCCUUCCAGUACAUCCUGUAGUGGGGAUUAUACCACUAAGUGCCCUUCACCCCAGAGCUGGCCCUAGCUCCAUCAAAUGUGAGUGUAUAAUCCUCCUUUUUACUUAUUUUUACCCUUGGAGCUACAAUAUUUCACCAUUGGCAGUUUUUUGUGUUUUCUUUUUUCUCCACAUAUACGGAUUAUCUACAACCCGGACGGAUCAACUCCUGAGGAUUGUACACAUACCCUAUCCAUAUAUCAGUGAGACUGUUUUUAUUGAUUUUAUUCAACAUUUUUUCUUAUCAUUUGAUUUUUAUUGAACAUCUGGAUGGACUCUGUUUUAUUCAUUAUUUUUAUAUAAUUGCAAUAGAGACUAUUAUACCCAGGUUUUAUUACUUGCUGAUUAUACACUUCAACCAAAUUGGUUUCUAUUUUAUGGUACUGUUCUCUGUACAAUAGCGUAGCCCUUAACUCCUUUUUUUUCAUACCAGAUGGGUAUUGCAGAUGUGCAAUAUCUAGGGCACCAAGUAGGGUGUGGGAAGCAGCGACCAGAACCUGAAUUGAGGCCGUCGCAAACUGACCUACACCCUGAACCAAGAUACAAGUUAUGGUCUUUCUAGGGACAGCUGGUUAAUAUAGGCACUUCGUCCCUAACUAUAGUGCUGUUGCCAAACCCCUGACAGACCUGACUAAGAAAAAUCUACCUAGGCAGGUCCUGUGGUUCCCGGAAUGUGAGACAGCCUUACAGUCACUAAAACAAGUACUGAUUAAUGCACCUGUCUUGGCUGCCCCAGUCUCUAACAAACGUUUUAUCGUCCACACAGACACUUCCAUGUCUAAGCCAAGUAGGUAAAGACGGAGGAGAGAACCCUGUUGUUACCCAGAGAAGUGAGAUACGUGGCAGUGGAAAAAGAGCGUGUAGCCUUGGUGUGGGAAACUGACCCCUUACUUAUAUGGACAAGCCUUCACUUUGAUAACCGGCCACAACCCGUUGGUAUAGCUUAACCGGGUGGCAGGAGACAAUGCUCGAUUACUAUGGUGGAGUUUAGCUUUACAAACUUACAACUUCAUCAUCCAUUACCAGUCCAGUAAGCAGAACGGGAAGACCGACAGGUCAUCAAGGCAAACCAAGCUCACCAGAUAAUCAACAAGUCUGGACAUCCCAAAGUUGAAAAGGGUCAAGCCGUGUCUGCAGGAGCACCAUACAAGGGGGGAGCAGUGUGACAGAACACCCUGUGACUAACAAUACUUGGUUCACAUUAAUUCCUCGUUCCAGUUCUUUAACCAAACAAACCCACAAAUUACCCUUGUUAUACCUCCAGUACUCAGCCCACCUUGGAGAUUGUUAACCCCAUUGAUCCCUAUUGACACCCCAUUAUCGGUUUGCACCUCAUUACUACAAGUGUUCUGUUGAGUGUCCGCCAUUCGCAUAGACGAACAUGUGGAAAAUGAGUUGGCCCUCUUGUUGCACGAAAGAAGCCUGCGGUGUUCGGUCAUCGAAUGCAUGGAACUGAAAUCAGACAGACUAACUCGCGAACACCACUGAACUUCCAUCCUCGCCUGUUUUCGUUCCUCAUGCCUCAGAAGAGCCCUGUUCGGUAGGACUGUUCGCACGAACUAGGCGAACAAUCGUUACCUAGGAGCCAGACAAUCUGUUCGGUGUUUUGUUUGUUUUUGGACUCCCGAAAGAGACAGACCGCCACCACCACCUUUCUCCUGGAACUAUUUUGGGCAGGUGUCAAAACUUUACCCCAGUGGCGAUUUGGCUGUGUUCAUGGGAUAUGAGCGAUAUUUCGAUAUGUUCGGCGCUUAGAUCUAGGCUAUCCAGGAAUAUAGUACUUGAGGAGGUCCCUUGUAAUAUUAUAUCUGUUUUGGGGUGUUUUGUGUUUUGAACAUUGUACAUCUGUGCCUGGAAGAUAAUUAGUUUAAGCAAAAGUACACUCAGUUAUCUCCCAGACACAGAGACGCCGGGAGUUUGUAUGUAACUGUAUGUAGACCCCCUGCUGGGGGUCUAUGUAUAAAUUGCCUGUACCAUACCUCAUUAAAACAGUAAAUACCAGCAUGAAGUUUCGGCUAAUGUCUGUUGGGGAAGACUAUAAUCACUCCAGAGUAGGGAUGUUCCGAUCGGUUCGCCGAACUGUUCGCCACGGACGGCGAACAUAUGCACUGUUCGGUCCGCCCCCUAUUCGUCAUCAUUGAGUAAACUUUGACCCUGUACCUCACAGUCAGCAGACACAUUCCAGCCAAUCAGCAGCAGACCCUCCCUCCCAGACCCUCCCACCUCCUGGACAGCAUCCAUUUUACAUUCAUUGUGAAGCUGCAUUCUUAGUGAGCUGAUGUGUCUGCUGACUGUGAGGUACAGGGUCAAAGUUUACUCAAUGAUGACGAAUAGGGGGCGGACCGAACAGAGCAUAUGUUCGCCAUCCGUGGCGAACCGUUCGGCAAACCGUUCGGGACAUCACUACUCCAGAGCUUUAAUAAUUUGGCAGCUAUAAUCACUUAAGCAGCUAUAUCACUGAAUCCGGCGCAGCAGAGUUCCAGAUAGGGGAAAAGGAAAUCCUUGGCGGCGAGACCCGUGUCCCUAUCCGAGUGGCCGCCACAGCCAGGGACACAUUUAGUAUUACUGGCACACACUCUUAGACCCACCCAACCGAGUCCUGAUUUCAUACCUCCUAAUCAGAUGUAUAUUUGAUUUUUUUUUUCAAUUUUGAUUUGUCCAUUUGUAAUUUUCCUGACUUUUAACAAGAGAGAGAUCAGUAUUAGUGCAUCUUAAGCCCCAACAAUCAAGAAUCUGGCAGGUCACCCUGAAUACCUACCAUCCACGUUUUUUCUUCUGUUGCCUCUCUUCACAAUAUUGGAUGUGCAUGCCGCCACAUUAUCACCCUCCCAUAAUAACAUAUUGACCCCCAAUUUGUCUCUAGUUAUAGAAAUUUUUCCUAAAACGUUGCAAUUUGAAUGCCAAUUCUGAGGUUAGUGUAUAACCCCUUCUGUUUUUAGAGGAGACAUUUUAUUUAUAUACACCUUGUUCCAAAUUAUUAUGCAAAUGCUAUUUUUCUCAUUUACCUAAAUAAUUGAUGUAAAUAACAGUCAGCAUAAUUCUCAUGUUAUCAACUAUGAAGAGUACAAUUAAAAUUUUAUUGAACAAACCUCCUAAUGAUCACAGUAUUUUUCUUUAACAUAAAAAACUUACACUGUUCCAAAUUAUUACGCACAGUAAGUUUCAAAACACUUUAUAGGUUGUAAAGAACUGAAAAUAGUCAUUUGUUGUGUUUGCAGCAUAUUUACUGAAAUCAAAAACUAUUUCAAUCAAACUUAUAAAAACAUUUCAACUUUUUUAACUUUUUAACAGGUCACGUUACAUUUCAACAUAGGACCCCUUAUUUGAUUGCAGCUUCAAAAGUCUUGCAUCCAUUGAACUUGUGAGUUUUUGGACAGUUUCUGCUUGAAUUUGUUUGCAAGAUGUCAGAAUAGCCUCCCAGAGCUGCUGUUUGGAUGUAAACUGCCUCCCACCCUCAUAGAUCUUUUGCUUGAGGAUGCUCCAAAGGUUCUCAAUAGGAUUAAGGUCAGGGGAGAAUGGAAGCCACACCAUGACUUUCUCUCCUUUUAUCCCCAUAGUAGCCAUUGAUGCAGAGGUAAUUAUUCUUUCUUCUGUACAAGGGAAGAAAGUGGUCAGUCAGAAACACCACAUACUUUGCAGAGGUCAUCUUUACACCUUUGGGGGCCCUAAAGGGGCUGACCAGCUCUCUCCCCAUGAUUCCGACCCAAAACAUGACUCCACCACCGCCUUGCUGACGUCAAAGCCUUGUUGGAACAGGGCCAACCAUCCACUACUCCAUCCAUCUGGACCAUCCAUGGCUGCACGGCACUCAUCAGUGAACAGGACUGUUGAAAAUUAGUCUUCAUGUAUUUUUCUGCCCAAUGCAGCCGUUUCUGCUUGUGAGCAUUGGCUAGUGGUGGCCGAAUAGAAGGUUUAUGCACAGUUGCAAGACUCUGGAGGACUUGAUGUCCGUGGGACUCCAGAGGCACCAGCAGUUUCAAAUAGCCAGGAUACCAGCGACCUCCUCCGGUGCUCGCACCAAGCCGCAUGGCCCAAAAUGGCACUGCCUGACCAAGGCUCAUUAUUUUCAUCAGAGGAUUUUGCCGCAGACACAGAAGGGGGCACAUCCUUUGGCACAGUGCCUGGUGGAAAGCUUGCCCCCGUCGCCGAAGAUUAGGAGCUGAUGACAGCGGCUCAUUUAAAAACUAUGCUGGGAGAACUGCCCACAGGUAUAACUGCACACUCUCACAAUUUAAGGUCUCCAUUGAGAGUGUCACCACUAGAAUCACACUGCUGAAAACCACAAAAAGUACCCAAGACUAUAGGCUGGCCUCAAUGGAGCAUAAAUUGGAGGAGAUCCAACGGGUUAAGCAAAACACAACCACUCGAGUAGAGACACUGAAAGAUCAAAGGAGAUGCCAUAACUUGAAAGUAAGGGGCAUCCCUGCAGACGUAAGCACAGAUGAAAUGCUGCACUACAUCAGACCAUGGCCCGAUUAAUAUAGGGACUAAUGGAGCUGCUGCUGCAGGUCCAUGCCUAUAGAAUAGGCCCAUUGAUAAAAAAUAAAACAAUUUUUUUACUACUCUUCACAUGCUCUUGCUUAAGUAUGGAGACUUAAGAUGGAUGUAGGGGAACAAACCUGGUGUGGACUGGCUGACAAUUAAAUUAGUUAAGGUAAAGAUGACUUUGCUCACUAUGCAAAUGCUCUUGCUGCUUCAGUCUCUCUCUGUGAACUGUGGCAUGUUCCCUUCCUUCUACAUAUGUUACAUACACUCUUUCUCUGUCCAAGACUGUAUAACAGGAGAUUCUAUCUGGUAAUAAGAAGGUUAGGAGAGGAGUGGGCCAGCGAGUGCUAGGGGACCGUCCUUAGACAGAGUAGAGCUAGCGCAUCAUUAGACGCAUUUAUGCUAAGUUCAGGGGGCUGAACUCCUUUUUCACACACGUCACUGAGAGCGCCAUUCGGUAGGUUUGUGCGUAUGGUUAUACAAACAAACUCUAUUAAAAGCCAGAGUGUGAGUUCGGUAUUUCUUUCACAUAGAACUCCCAAAGUUGACCGGCCAAAAGCACAAAACGCCCUGGAACUCUUUUGGGUAUAGGAUCAUGUGUGCGGCCGGUCAGAACUUCCACAUGGUGGUGUUUCGGUCAUAUUUCAUGUUUGUAGGAUCUGAGUGCUUUUCAGAUAUGUUGGGUGCUCAGAUCCAGGCUAUUCGGGGAUGUAUAGACUGUGUGGGUUCCUAUGUGGGAAAUGUGUGAUAAAUAGUUUUUCAUAUUUGUUACUGUUUUUGCUGAGUCACAAUGCAUUUUGUGGACAUUUUGUGGGUGUGUUUAUGGGCUUUUUCUGGGGACUAUCUACUGUACCAGAUUCUGUGUAAAUGUGAGCCAUUUGGCUGGGAAUAAACAGUUCUUCACCCUUCACUAAGCCUCGGCUCGUGUUUGGGUGAUACUGCGGAUACCCCUUCAGCAAUACCUAUAUUCUAGCUAUAAUCACUCUGGAGCUAUCACAACCAGGAGGGGGUGGCCAUAGGCGGUAUUAACCCAUCUUCAGGAGGGUAUACUGCCACACUCUUAAUAUUAGUGGGACCCAGGUACAUCAGAGACCCAAUAUCGGCAGCAGGCGCUUGAAAAACCUUUAUUAAAAAUACUAAAAACACAUACAUAGUAAUGUUAGCACUGUAACAUCUCCUAAUGGUAACUACCACCCCAUACAGGCAGACACACGUAGGACUCCCCCCCCCUGAAGCGAGCCCCUCGUCCAGACCAAGGGGCAACAUCCGGCUGAGGAUGCCCUGACACACAACCCAAUGGACAGACAUGACUGCUACACUUCAGGACACCCGUACAUAGAACGGUAGCACCCACCCCCCGCCUAUCAUAACCGGGGCCCACCGACCCACUCGCAUAGACCACAACUGAGGGAAGCCACCUCAUGUACCUGUGGACACGCGACCACACCGCCCCCGAACCAAGUACACGCACAUAAAUAACUGUACCGCAGAUGACUACACACACACCUUCGCAUAACCGAAGUUAAAUGCUAUUGUUGUUUCCUAUAUUUUUGUUCCUCGAAGUGUUAUCUUCGGUCCUCACAUAUAACCAAAAAUGUGCAUUUACACUCAAUGCCGCUGUUAAUAUAUGUGUAUUAAUAUGCUUGCUCCUUGCUAUUGUGGCAACACAAGCAUGCUGUUAUAUAUGCACUAAUAAAAUACAGAAUAAAAAAAAAAAAAUUAUAUCUCUACUCCCAAUACACAUCCAUCUCUACAACAAAGCAACUUAAUUUCAACACAGCUGUUCCCACCUCCCCACCCUGAUUCCUUCUAACUAUAUAUCAUGCUCUUCCAACUGUUUGGAAUCACAGUCACAGUCAUCCACCUCCUCAUUCCCUUCACAUGUUGCCAAUUACUGCAAUUAUACUAUUAAUUUUCUCUGCCAUCACCCCCAAAUUAUUCUGCUACCUCUUGUCUCGCCUCCUCUUUUAACCUUUAGGUUGUAAGCUCACGGGCAGGGCACUCUACCUUUUGUAUUGGACUGUUUAUAUUGUAUUGUCAUUUUCCCAAUUGUACAGCGCUGUGGAAUAUGUUGGCGCUUUAUAAAUGCCAGUAAUAAAAAAUGGAUCAAUGCUUGUAUCCCACAGCCAUCACCUGUGGCAGUGCAAGGGACCACCAAAUCUCUGUGUGGGCAGCAACUGGGAUUUAUUAAAAGUUGACAAUUGAGCUCUGCAUUUUGCCAACUUUUGUCACAUUCAGGCAUUUCCAUAAGGGAAACUUGUCCCUGCUUUGUUUUAUGGUAUCUUUGAAUUUCACUAAAAUAUUCACGGUUUGGAAACACUGAAAAGUGACAGACCUGCUUUAAGCAAAUAAUUCUGUGUUAGUAAUAGUUAGGGGUGUGGGUAAAAGUCCUGAAACAGUUUAAGCACAAUAACUGCUAUAACACCAUAACUAUCUGUGACGCCUGAAUAUGGACAGAUUUGUUCUUUUGCUUUAGCAAUAUAGCAAGUGAGGUGUUUGACUAAAGGUGACUAGGAGAUCCUAAUUUUUUGUCAAACUGCUUUAAAAUGGAUUGACAUGGGGGGCGGAGCAAGUAUCAGAUUGCUCCCUCUAGCAAAAUCUGAAAGAAUAAUAAGCAUAGGAGUAGAUAUGUAUUAAAAUGAGAGAAAAUACAGAGUGCCUGCAAAAUUCAGCAAAGUAUUCUACGGAUGGAGCUGGUUAUAGUGUCAACUCUACUGCUGAAUCUUAGACUGCUUUGGGAAACCUGCCUGCUUUUGGUGAUUAGAAAAUGAAAGCGACGCUAUCCUGACCGCAUCCGGUUUUUUUUUACCCGUCUCCUGACUCCUCUAUAUUUUACUGUGCCCCCAAUCACUUUCAAAUGCCUCUAAAUCCCCCAUUUCACCUUUUUUACUCUCUCGUGUAUUGAACGGAUCUUUUUCCAUAUUAGUAUUCCAGAAAAUGAUGAUUAUGGCAUCGCCUUCAUCAGCCCACACGAGCUCUCUGCGGUCAAAUUCCUGCGCAUGCCCACUUCAUACAGUGGAGGGAGGCUUGCUUGGAAAGGUAAGUAUUGCAGGAGAAUUUAGUAGACCCAGGAAGUGGAGCUUACUUACGCUUAACUCAGUGUCUAAGAAAGUCUGGCAUAUAAAAAAUACAUAGGAUAAAGUAGUCCCUUCUUUGUCUUAUGCUUUUAGUUAGAAAUAGAUGAAAAUAUAAUAAAAGACAAAACAGAGGAAAAAAGAGGAAUCGCUCGGAAAACGGUAAGUGCGACGUGUCAGUGGCGCUUUAACUGACAUGCAUUAUCUGCAUAGUUUACAUUGACUCAUUCCAUUGAAACAUUUAGUUUGUAUUUUAUAUAAGAUGUCUUGUGAGUUUCAUAACAUGUAAGAAUAAAAAUUAGGAAUAAAGUCAAUAAAUUCAGAGUUGGAUAUACAUUUCUACAUCUGCAAAAUAUCAGUUGCACUCCUAUUAUAGUUUUAAUCCUGGUCUGUCACUAAUAGUUUAUUUUUGAUGUAAGGCACUCAUCCAUUGGAUUUGUAGAACAUCAGAGAGCACUUGCUGUGCAAUAAUAGGGCUGGAAAAAUAUAGAGAGAAAUGGCCAUAAAAUUCCAUUUAAAAUGCACAAUAGAUUAAACCUGUUCAGCUCAGACUUUUAUGAUAUUGGCAAAUUGCUCAACGGUGCUUCCAACAAAUAAAUGAAACCUAAAGCAUAAUGAUAUCAGCUGGUAACCUAACGCCUGCUGCCCCAUUUUGCUUGGAACAUGCUGAAAUAACAAAGUAUAAUAAUGUGUUCCAAAAUCCCCAAGGUUUGUCUAUACCAUGUUCUAAACGAAGAUCUCUAGAUUGGACGUCUAGAAUAGAUCACACAGAGUAAAUUCCAAGACACUGAACCGCACCCUUCCCUUGUGUUUCAACACAGCAUGGAUCUCUCAUUCCUUCAAGGUGUUAGCAGGUGCGUGGAACAAAUACAAAGCUAAUAAUGGAGAAAAUGAAAAAGAGACGAGACAGGAAAAAGACUUUCAAUUACCAAAAAUUCCAAUUGUUAGUUGUUGUUUUGAGGGUUUUUUUUUUGUAUAAUAUGAAAGGUCAAAUUCUUGAAAAAUGGUAUUGAAAAAGAGUGUGGUUCUGGAUUCUGCAAAAUAAAAUUGUCUUUGACUUGUUAUAUAUACUGUUUGAAAGAUUUACAUUGUGGAGUUUUCCUUCUUAUUUUCACCAGCGGACGCCGGACACAUGUCGAUUAAGACUUUGAAGCUUCAACUUUGUCUGCCACUUCAUUAUAUGUGUAACGGGCAAAACAGCAAAUUAAAUAGCAAUAUCAAAAAUAUUUAAGCGGAGGAAUUCUGAUUUUAUAAAGGUACAUAGUACAGCGAGUGCUAGUACACAAUAGUUAUGUUAUAGCUAUGCAGCUGAAACGGAACAAUGCUCUCCCUCCAUCUCUUCAUCUGGGGCCAACAUUAUUACGUGUAUUAAAAGAGAUCAAAGAAAUAUGAGACUAAUUGGUUGAUUAGUAUUCAAAAACCUUUUACAAGUACCAUUCUGCCUCUUCAAAUAGUUUCCUGACCUUAUUCAACCAAGAACUGCUGUACGGCCUUGUGCUCUAAUCAAAAGUGUUUGUGUCAACCAAUUCUUGAAGAAUGAUUUGACAUUGACACUACCGACUGACCCGGCAUUCUGUGAUGUCUUGUUUUAAGGCCUCUUUAUUUUGUAACAAAAAUAGAGAAAUAAAAUAAACAGAGUGCAGGCCAAGAGCCCGGACGCAAGUCAAGGGCUCGUGGGCUGCACCUCUGUGACCACCUAAUAGGGAGCUCCUAGAGCAAGGGGGUAACCCUUUAAAUGCACAGAAACAAGGAGAGAGCAAUGUAUAAUGUCCCGCAAUGGGAAACUAACAGCAGGGGAGCUCCACUAAUAUAAAAUGGAAACCCUACCUUUAAGAAUUUAGGGAUGAAUGGGAUAUGCAAACAAUAAACUAAACAGUACCAUGGGGAUCCAUAAACUGCAGUGCUAAAAAUACCAAAAACUCCAGUCUCCCUAGUAUCCGACAAAAGGGAAGAUAGUAUAGACGAGGUAAGAGAGAGAGAAAAAAACAAGAGGUCCACAGGAAAGAACGGCGAGAAAAACUUAUCUGUACACAAAUAAAAUAAAAGACCUCAAUAAAACCAGCUCUCCCUAAAGGUUACCUCAACACCGUGGUCUAGCCACUAGUGUCUACCUAAACCAUCGCUCCCUACAAAAGUUAUAAAUGAAAUGAAAGGAACACCUAAAAAACAAAAACCAUAGUGGUAAUGAACUGAAAAGUGCUACCAAGUGCUGUGAUUAAAGAAAAAGGAAAAGGCUCAAUGCGCUUUUCGGCGUAUCAAGAUGCCAUCAUCAGGAGCAUGUGAGUAUGAACGGCUUGUCAUUCCAUUUAAAUACCUGUUGCUCAUGAGAAAAGCCCAUUAGCUGGUCAACGUGGGAGGUCUUGAGGGGCGGAGUAUCUAGACCUCGUUCCGCGUCCGGAUUGCUCAGCCCAUCGGCUAACAUUGGAAGGCAUGUCUAUAUCUUUCCCAGGACAGGGAAGUGGGUUUGGACGACCUGGUCCCCCCAGAAAGGUGAGUAAAUCUGAUUUAUUUAUUUUUACAUUUUAUUGUACCCGGGGGAGAAGGAGGGGCUCCGACUACAAGAAGGGGCAGGGGCACUAUAGUGUUAGUGAUACAGAGUUUUAAAGCUAUAGUGUUCUUUUAAUGAUGCUACUGUCAUAAAACAGCAGUGUCAUUGCAUCAUUAUCUUUCUCUAGAUUUACAUUAUAUACAUUUUUCCUAGGGUCAUAUUCAAUUGUAAAACACCUUCGUUAUGUGCAAUGCAUGUUCUGUCACUAUCUUAUUUAACUCUUUUUAAAAUUGGCAACAUUAAAACAGCACUGUCACACCGUACUUAUGAUAUCCAAGAAUUUCUCUUAUUGAGCCUUAACAGGGAAUUUUUUUCUAUCUGGAACUGAUCCUCUCUUGCGUUUUGAUUAAAUAAAAUGAAUUGAUUGAUAUGCACAAACUCUAUAGAUUAGAACACACCAAUAAAUUGUAUUUGAAAAUGGCCAUUUAGAGUAAGGAUACCCAAUGGAUACUCUGAGAUUACGCAGUACCAGGUGACAUAAAAUUUGGUCAUGUUUUAUUAAUGGGAUGCCACAUUAAAGCAACAUUAUAAAGCUAAGUGCCUGUGCCCAUUCCCUCCCUCCACUUCCCCCCUCCCCUGUUAAGUAAAAUUUAAUUUUUUACUUACCUUUGCUCCCUCACAUUGCUGGCCUCUCUGUGGCUGUCAUGCUUUCUUGACUGUGAUCAUCAAAUUUGAUGAUCUCAGCCAAUCCGAUGCUUCCCCACAAGGAAGUAUUUGGGGUCAUUGUCCAUGUGGGGCAAAACACAUGCUGUGCCAGUCAGUAUCUCCUCAAAGAGAUGCAUUGAUUCAAUGCAUCUCUAUGGAUAGUGUUCAGUGUCUUCAUGCAGAGUGUGGAUAUUCUGAACAUAGGUCCUGCAAACAUUGCACAGGAAGACUUUCUCUGAAAAGGCAGCAUUUCUAUGCUGAGCCUGCAGGGACAGGUUAUAGAUACUAUAACCACUACUUCAAGCUGCAGUGGUAAAGGUGAUUAUAGUGUCCCUUUAAAUUUAUCCAAAGCCGAUAAAUAAUCACAAAUAGCUGACUAAUGGUUGUGCUAACAUUUGUUUUUGUUUUUUUCUACAUUCUAAACUCUGAAAUAGCAUUUAUUGUAUUAAAGUAAUGAUAAAUAGUCACUUACCUGAAAGUGACAUGUCCUCUUUAAGGAGAAAAAAUCCUGCUUCUGUAUUUGUUUAGCAAUGUAUUUAAGUAAUUUUAUUACAUUAUUAUGACAUACAAACGAAAGUUUGCAUUAUGUACCUUAAAAUGUUUAAAAUUCUACUCAUUUCUGACAUCUUACGCAAAAGAAAAAUGAUGAGGGGUUGUUUAAAAUUCUUAUUGGUGACUUCUCACAGUGAUGUUUCCACCAAUCAAUGUUCUUUGGCACGAGCUGACCUUUUAUACAUGUAUGUACGUAGCGGGGAAUGUGGUGCGACUAAGAGUAAGGAGACUACCCCAAUUCUCCCCCCAAUAAUGACAAACAACGAAUAUUGGAUGAAACAGGCCGCAGCAUUUAUUUAACUUACAACUGUAGGACUCAUCCGAACUUUAUUCUUUUUCUUUAAUUCAAAUAUAAAUAACAGAUAAAUAUAUAUACAUACCAUAAUUAACAUAUAAAUUAACAUAUAAAUUACACUUAUUGCCCUACAGCCUCCAACUUAAAUAACCGUCCUUGCCAACGAACUUAACCAGGUGCCUAUGCACCAAAACUUUACCCACUGGUGUCUCGCCUCCCCCCUCGUCCAAACCAAAAAUUCCCAUCAUCUUAAAUGCUCUACCACCAGCCGGCUUUUUGCUCGGUGGGCACGUCCUAUUUGGUAACUUAAAAGUUUACCUUACAGAGCAGGGGAGGUUGAGACCCACCAUGUCCAUCUCCUGACAUUCCAUCUGCUCCCCAACCCUGUUGGCAAGGACACGCUCCCGCUAGCUGUGACGGAACAAAAACAGAAAAUUAGGGUGGGUGGGUGGGAAGUUGUUUGCUGGCCAGAAUCCCAAAAGGCACUGAGGUAAGAUGAUCCCUGCCCCACUACAAACCCAUAACCACUCCCCUAAACACAUACAGCCAAUCACUAGCACCAUCCCCACACUCAUACAUGUGCCCUUGUCCGUUUAGCUAUGCUGACUCCCCAGGGCCUGAGUCUCAGGCAGUAGGCUAAAGCAUUAAAAUAAAUAAAUAACCUUUCAGUAUCUCUGAAACUAAGAAUUUUAUAACAUUCAUAAAUGGUGAAAAAAUAGUGUAAUGGUGAAAAAGACAAAAUCCUGUAUUAAACCAAAUUAUACAAGUAUCCAUAAACUUUCCAAUUCAUGUCCAUCCAGUAAAAAUAACAGAUUAACUGGUCUCGUCUUAUAUCAAAGAAUGUUCUAUAUUUAUUAAAAGAUCCAUUAGGAAAUCCCUGUUAUAUUAUUUGUUACAUCAUUCUAUGUGCAGCAAAAUAUAUUGGAUUUACUUGGUAACAUUGAUGAUGAACAGAUAAAAUAUAUUCAUUUUUUCCUCAAUAAAUGCUUAUUAAAGAAAGGUUUGUAUUGAAGCAGCCAAGAUCUGGUUUUCACUGAAAAAAACAGGUGACCACAGAAGCUUUGAUUCAGAAAAUAUGAAUUUCCGGGCAGCCAUAACAAUUGAGUAGGAAUGCAUAAACCCGCACCUCAUUAUUUUCUGGGUGGUAAUUUUGAAUCCUACGUGUAGUGUAUAACUGAUGAAUGCUAUGCAGAUAGUUGCAUACAAAUGAAGCAUUGAUCUUAAAGUAUUUAAAUGUUAAUCCUCUUAUAGAAUUAGGCACAAGCUCUUUUCCUAAUCACACUGUGAAUUAAAAUAGGUUAAAUGGUUUGCCUCGUAAAGUGUCAGUAGCAGUAUUUAUUUUGGCGGCAAAUUUCAAUUUAGUUUUAAUCAUAGACUUUUGACAAAAAAAGCCAUUUUAGUUUUAGUCGUAUUUUAGUCAUCUGAAUUGUUUUAGUUUUAGUCUGGUUUUAGCUGACUAAAUAUGUAGUAGAUUUUAAACGACACAACUAAAAUCUAAUGGGGUUAGUUAGAGCCUCUGUCUGUCUCAUCUGCCCCUUCCGCAGUCCCUCUGUGUCUCUUUGUGUCCUCCUAGUCCCUCUAGGUGUCUCCCCCAAGGCCUGGUCUGUCUCUUUUGCCCCUUCCACAUCCCCUCUGUGCAGUGUUAAUUUUGGUGGCAAAUUUCAAUUUAGUUUUAAUUUUAGUCUUUUGACUAAAAGGUAAUUUUAGUUUUAGUUGUAUUUUAGCCAUCUGAAUUUUUUAGUCUAGUUUUAGUCGACUAAAUCUCAAAAAAAAUUAGAUGACUAAAAUUGUUAGUCGACAAAAUUAACACUGGUCAGUAGUCAAACCUUUCUAGUCUUAAAGUACACAGUUGAAUAAAACACUGAAAAUUACCUAUAACCUAUUUUUCACGUGAUCAUUUGAGUUUUAUAAUGUAAGUUAAAGAUCUAGAAAUUGCCAUUACAAUCCAAUUAAUUCUUGGCACAAACAUGUCCCAUAUUGCAUUGAUUCUAAUUCUCCUUCUCCUGAUUUUAUGCUGCUGUCAAUAGAGACUUUUUUUUUUUAAAUGUUGGUGUAUUUUUUGACAAAAUGUCCCAUUCUCUGUGUUUCUAAGGUCACACAUUUGCUGUGAACUACCAAAUCUGAACAUUUUACAAGGCCUGCAAUAUGUUCCUGUUUACAAGGGAUGUCAGGGUGUAGAGUCAUAUCUCUUUAAAGUGGCUUUAUGUUGUUUAACAGAAAAUGACCUCUCAUUGGGUCAAGAGCUGAGUAGAUGGGGUUAAAUGGCACAAACAAACAAGUGAGAGAGCAGUGUCAAAAUCCAGAGGUAGUGUCCAGCUCCCUCCAUCGUUAAGCUUCACCAGCAGGCACUGCUUGCUAUGUUCAAUGACAGAAGAUGGCAGAGAUUAUGGGAGCCAAGAUAGAGUGCUCGGUUCCAAGGUAGAGUUAAAUGUGGUUUUGUGGAUUGCUGCAAUUAAUAUUAUUUUCCACACCUCACAAACAAGUUUGUUAAACAUAGUGGAUAAAUAAAUAUCAACACUCUUUUGAAGCAACAGUCACCCUUUAAUGGUUUAUCUAUUGGUCUGUCUGUUUUUCUGUUCGUCUGCCUGUGUAACACUAAAUCAGUGAUGGCUACUGGACACAAGAAAUCUUUGCGCUCUUCAACCCUAUGUAAAGUCGUUGCUUAAUACCAGUUGCUCUCUACUUGCAUAACAUAUACACAUGGCAAAACCCAAGGCGCAUUAUUAAUUUUUUGCUUGUUUGUUUUUGUCAAUGUAGUGUCCUUAUGCAAAGAAACAAUUGGGCUUCAGUUUUUAUAUAGCAAGUUCUUUUUUUUUUUUCAGAUUCUCCACUCACAGGGCAAGUACGUGAGAUUUUUUGGUUUGAAUUAAAAAUACCAUAGUCCACUAAUUAAGGCCAAUUCUAUCUGUCAUAGGCACACCCAUCAUAAUCAUUGGCUCAAAAAUACACCGCUGACAGCUGAAGACUCCUUGUAUGGAUGAGAGAAUCAUUUAACAUAAUUUGUGAAUACUGGAAGAUCGGGCCAAUUCACAUGUCUGGGAAAGCUUGUAAACCACGUCAAAGCUGUGAGCCUUAUUUAUUAAAACAAAUUGCACAAAAUAUUUUAAACAAUGAACCAUAAAGAACGCACCGUUCUGGUUAGUACAUUUGACAGAAUAGCCUAAAACAUUGGCAUAUUUUCUUUUGACAUAAAACAGAUUACUAGCAAUUGACUGAUGUUUAAUGCCAAGCCACCCGUUAAAUGGGAAUGCUUAGCAACAAGAGGCGUCUUAAUGAUCCUAAUUUUGAGCUUCAUUGUCCAAGAAAAAAUAAAAUAAGGACAGAGAGAAAUACUAAGCUGAACAAGCAUAAUGUAAUGGAUUCCUGCAGGCCUGACUAACAUGAUAUACAGGAUAUAAAUGGUCUCUUGUAUUGUAUAUUUUUAAGUUCCAACCAGAUGUUUGAGGUAAAGCACAAUACAAUUCUUUAUAAAAACUAUUAUGCACAAUAAAAUCUUUAGCUAACUCUACCUAUUUGCUGUUUUAUUUGCUUCAUUAAACUUGUCCUAUUUAAAAACCGUGGUUGCAUGUAUGUAGGGUAUAUGUUAUCUUUCCUGGCUGCAGUUUCACACUAUGAACUGAUGACCCAAGACUCUCUCUGGUGACAUCAAUACCUUUACAUCCAGAACCGCCUAAUUGUGAUGGUUGUGAAUUUGUUUCUGUUACACGUGCUAUGUUUACCUGCAGCCCCACUCAUCCAUAGUUGACAAUGUUUGGUAACCAGAAUAGGUAUUACAUGUUUCUAUCAGUUUUUUCUUCCUGUUUUUUUUCACAUUUGUUUUAAAGUUCUGUUUGAAAAUGUAUUUACUAAUUAUAAACUGCCUGGCCCGGCCAUUGCAAUAUUGAGUUAAACUGAUGUUGCUAAAAGCUAAUCCGAGUACAAAAAUAAACCACUAGCCUUGAAGCAGAUGUUUUGGCUUUGCUGUUUGGGGACUUUGUGAUAGUGUUUCAGGAUCUGUUAGCAGACAGCAUAAAGCAGCUCUGUCAUGGUUUUUUCUUUUGGUUUUCCCUUCCUUGCCCUGAUAGGCACAUUUUCCCAAUAUUUGGUUCACAGAUCAAAUGAGAAAAAGUAACCAAUAAACAGGGGGAGGUACCCGUUGGCACUCCAGAUGAUGUGGACUACAUCUCCCUUGAUGCUUUGCCAGCAUUGAGAGCAUUAUGGGAGAUGAAGUCCACAACUUCUGGAGAGCCGAAGGUUGCCUACCCCUCUAAGAUGGAAAAGAAGUGGAGCAAUAAACGAGUCUAUAUUUCUAGAUAUUUAAAAAAAAAAAUAAUAACUAAAGAUUUUUUACCGCUCCGCCUUUUUUCCUUCUAUUGGUUAAUUCUCGGUUUGUGUAUAAAAAGCGACAUUUACCGGCUGUCCCAUAACCAUCAAUCAUCUUUUUUCCCAUGAAUAAAUUAUUAUUAUUUUUUUGUGCCAUGGGCAGAAAUCCAAAUAGUUAAUCAGACAAACGUGCUCGUCCACGGUGCGAGUCGUUUGUAUCAUAAUUAGUCUAAAUAGUGGUUUGAAAAUUGUGAAUUCGGACCAUCCCCUGGUCGGCUCAAAUGUAGAUGAAUUGCAGUUUGUAACAAAACAAAUUUCCAAGUCUAAUAUUUAAUCUCUUUUCUUCCUUGUGCCAAAUCGUGCUCUCUAGCAGCAGCCAUUUUGAUCUUCCCUGUUACUGAAGUCUGCUAUAUGCCCUUCAUUUUACUGAUGGAUAGUGGGUAAAUUUGAUUGGCAACUGCAACAGAACCUUAGCUCCCAUGGUCCAUACUUUUCUUUAUGUAAAAUUAGAACACUCAAAAAAUAUGUUUAUAGUGAUUUAGACACAAGCAGCUAUUUAGAAGCAUAUUAAAUCAUAGGUGUUGUUUGGGGAGAGGGUGCUAUGAGGGCCAACUCUUCAGAAACAAAUCUUUACAAGUAGUGGAGGGGCAGGACUAUAUAACAGUUAUUAUUAUUUAUUUUACUUAAAGCAGUUCCCUGAUAUAAAAAGAAAGCUCAAUACAAUAGUGCUUGACAGGGCUACUAAGUCAAAGGGGGUGAUGCUCGCUAGCCAGGUGACUGUCUGGAGCUGGUGCUAAGGAACAGAACUAUUAGUUAGGUAGCGAGGCAGGAUUGCACUGCAUAAGAUAAGUGCGUAUGUAUGUAGCAUGUGCUUGUUUCCAGCUAUGCUUUCAUUAGGAUCGUGGCACAAUGACUGACUGUCAAUAAUUUAGCUGAGGCACAGAAAUGAAAAGAGUGUGGGAGGGAUAUGUAAAAAUAUGUGCAUUACUUAAAAAAAUCAUUAAAAGAAGAAACAAAAGCAGUACAUAGCAUACAAAGCAGCCACCAUUAAAAAACAGGACAAAAUUGAAAUGAUCUGAAUGAAGUCUCUUUCUUAGCUCUGCCUGGCAGGUGGACGCAAAACCUGUGGUCAUAUUACAGAAUUUAUGUACCACUGGCUUUAGUAUAUUAGGUGUUUUCCAGUACUAGAGUGCUGACAGUUUGGUUGCUAAAAAUACAUGAUACUGAACUUCACAGAUUCCUGGAAUAACUACAGGAAAUAUUUUAGAACAUUUGUUUCCUGUCCAAACUCCACCUCUACCUUCUCCCCUACAGCUACCUAUGCCUCCUUUCCUAGAAUAUGUGAUAGUCCCACCUCACCGCCAUAAUACAAUCUCCCAUCCCACAAAUGUUUAUUAUUAAUUGUGGCAACUCAUUUUGUAGCAUUCCUCUUCCAUUAGAUGUUCAUUAAAAUGUAUUACUUGAUAUCCUCUUCUCCAUCAAUCCCGGCCCUCUGCCAUUCUGUCUUCUUCCCGUAUCUUGUCAUAUCUCCUUGACAUCCUCAUAUUCCCUCCUUCUGCCACUUUCCACAUUUUAGUAUCUAAAAAAAUAUAUUUUGCUCUUCACUUUCUCUGUCAUAAAACUCCUUAUCCAUUUCCUCAUCUUUGUCUGCCUUUAACAUUGCAACUCCCUGCUCCGCAGAUCUCUGUAAUACCCCAUCAUUCUGCUUCAACACAUUCCAAAUAGAGCUGUCCAUGUCCAUAGCAUUCUUAACAAUAGUCUUCUCAUGUUCCUCACAUCGGAAAAUGUCUACUGACUUUUGAUUUGGUAACACUCACCUUUAUCUCACCUCCUCUUCUCACUCCAAAUCCAUACUACUGAAAUACCGAACACACUUUUGCCCAACCUCUUCCCACCUGGCCAUCCAAUCACUUUCACAUUUUUUUUCAUGCAUAUUACAGUCAGAUGAACAAAUACAUACAGGUUUACAAAACAGGCUGUAGAGUAAAAAUUAUUAUCAGACAAUGGAGUAAAAAGAAUUAUGGUUGACCAUAUACGUCAUCCUCAUAUUAUUUGUUUUCAUAUUGUGUUGCACAAAAAAAAAAAAAAGAGAACACGUAAGUUAACCUCAUCUUAUUUUAUAUAUAUUUUUUAUUUUGGUGCACUAAAAGAAAAAUAAAUCUAAUUAAACUGUGGGGGGGUGGGGGAGAUGGUUGAAUAUGGGGAAUCCAAAGCUAGUUUUUUUCACAAAGUUUUGUUUGAAAACAUACCUUAUCAAGGUAAGUCUUUAUCAGUUCGGCUUAUUUAACCUCAUUAUCCUUUUAGUACCCCUAGUCACCCCACCACUGUGUCCAUCAAUCUAACCUCUUCCCGUAAUAACCAACACAGCAAGAUUCUAACUAAUUCUAAGGAUUCACACACUCCUUGAUUGUUUUUGUUUUUAUUGCUUUUAUGUUAUGUACUUUAAAGUACGUAUCAAUUUUUUUUCUAGUGUCGUAUUUACUUUUUUUAUGAUGUCUUUUUUCAUUAAUUACUGUACCAUUGCUAAUUUAUGUAAUGAGCCUCAAGUAAGGGCACUAUACAAGACAUUUUAAAUGAAUGCGUCAACGCUGAUUGUGCAUCAUUAAACAGUAUCUCUAGAAAAAUCGAUUUGCUGAUUUAUCUAAUAUACUUGGCAUGGCAGGAUUCUAUAAUAUUCCAGUGGGUACACUUUACCCAUAAAUACGGUAGCUUAUGUCAGUGUUUGGAUUUUUGGCAAAGAGGCCUUGCAAUAAGCCCUAGAUUUCAUGAAGUGUAGCUGGAUUUCCUGAAUUACCUCUGACAGCUGUGGAGAGCAGACUUCACUCUCACUAUGCCUGCCUUCCCAGCUGUAGUAUCUCAGAUGAAGAGGAGGGGGAAGCUCCUUAUUGAGUGACAGGUGGAUGAACACAUUAUAGGAUAUAUAUAAGGAUUUUUUUUUUUUUUUUACAAUCUUGCAAAUCAGGAGACCCUUUUGUCCCUCGGGCUGAGCUCGGAACUUGUGACACUGGCUGAUGAAACACACAUGCAGAAUUACUGCAGACUAUUUCAUUUAGACCAUUUCUGGUAAAAAAAGGAAACAACCUAAAAUGUUGACACUGUUUAUCUUGGUUAGCACUUUAAUUGCAAUAAAUCACUGCAGGAAACAAAGUUUAUUCAGUGAAAGAAAAAAAUAUAUACCGGUAUUUUGGGAAAGUUAAUAAAACCUUCAAAUUAUAUGUAUAAUAGGGUUUGUAAGCACUGAAUAAUACAGAUGCCUAUAAUAGAUUAAUUUGCAUGCUGCAACAAUAUAUUAUUAUUAGUAGUAUUACUGGCAUUUAUAUAGCUCCAACAAAUUCCGUAGUGCUUUACAAUAUUAUAUUAUAUUAAUUUAAAUAGUUCUAAAUGGUUUUCCCAGUUUUAGAACUUAAAGGGUUAUUCCAACCACCAUGACCACUUUAGUGAUUUUAAGUGGCCAUGAUGGCAGGAGUCAGUAUGUGCAGUGCUUUAGGCUUGGAAUGGCCACCCUCGCAUAAGGGUUAAAACAACCCUUUAACCCCUUAAGGACCAAACUUCUGGAAUAAAAGGGAAUCAUGACAUGUCACACAUGUCAUGUGUCCUUAAGGGGUUAAAUAUUAUCAAGUUGGUGUUGGUCUACUGCAGGUAAACACAGUUUCAUGGCAAUUUUAGUCAAAGCAGUCUGAUAAACACUAAAAGAGAGGCGUCAAGCAGUGGUCUUUCAAAAUAUUGUUGUACUCCAAUUCCCACAAUGCUUUGCAAGCAAUAGGGAGUUCAAUUCCAAAAAGUACAUGGGAAUUGUUCUAGAGAUUGUCUGUGUGUUACCUGGAUGCAAUUUGACAUUGAAGACUGCCUAAUUAAACUACUGCCUACCUUAGGUAUGCCACUAGUUUUGUAUGGCUAAAGCCAAAUGUCUAACUCCUGGCAUUUCAUAAUCUUAUUAUAACAGCCUAAAAAAAAGAUUAAAGUUAAACCACCACUUCCUAAGUAAACAAUCAUUCUUUGUACCUGUCAAUCGCUUGAGACCUACCCACUUCUGCUUCAAAUAUCUACAUAGGAAUGGAAAUAAUCAGUGACCUAGAAGGAACAUACUAAAUGGAGGGGCAGAAACAGAAAUGCUAUGGAAGAUUUCUCAAAGUGUUCUAUAAAGCAGUGCAAAUAUGUAAAAUGGGAGUAGUCACCAAUGGAACGUGUCAGCUAGUUCUCCUGGUUUCCACUAUGAUUGCCCACUUUUAGCACUUUAGAAUACUAUUUAGAACAGAACACUUUGAUAAAUCUCCAGGAGCCCAUGGAACAACGCAGUGGGAGGAGUGGGCCUUGACAUCGCCAGAGAGUGGGCAGGUGUAAUAUGAUUAGGGGUUGGUUUAGGAUAAUACCGUGGGGCGGGGGGGAGUAGGGUUAGUUUAAAUAACGGCCAUCUUAGAGAGUGGCCAUUUUAAUCAGAGCCUCACUUACCUGUUAAUUGUGACAGGUCGGCGAGGUUCUUCUUUUUUCUCUUCUCUGCAGGUCCAUGGCAUCUUUGGAGGAGAUCCUGACUGAAGUCCGAGCGGCGGUGAAGGACAAGGGCCUGGCUUGGCUUCACGAGCAGCUGGGGGCAGCUGCGCCUCCUCUCGCGGCGCAAGAAUGAAGACCGUCACGGAGGACAAGACCGCCCCAGCGGCUGAGCCCGGGCAUGGUGCCUACAACUCGUCGCCGGAGGAAUCCAUCAGCACGUGGCAGAACGGCAGAGGGUCCGGGUGAUGGAAAGUCGAAGGAGCCAGGAUCGCGGACGGUGCCAUCAAACGGGAUUGGCGGUCAGACGAGGAUGGCUGCCAAACUAAAGCUGUCAGCGAAGAGGGUGCCCCGCAGCUUGGCGGCAGGCAGGAGGUCGCGUCUGGAGGCAGAUCAUCGUGCUGCCGGGUUGGCGGCUGGGCCGGCGGGUGAUCACAUGGUCAGGAGUCCGCAGGACAGACGUCCCGGUGAGUCUGCCACCAAGGGAGCUGCUGAGGGACAGUGGGAUGGCAGGGCUGCUGGCUCCUCGGCACAGGCGGUCCCCCUGAUGGCAAAGGGGGGCCUGGACGGCACAGGUAGCAAGGAGGCGGCCCGGGUGGAGGCCAGGACCAGGUCCAGUACAGAAGGGGGGAGGAGCACAGCAGGGACAUCCAAAGGAUGGCAGGGGCUGGGAAACAAGCAAGCUGCCAUGAGGUGGAGGUUGGCACAGAGUCAAGCAGGGCGGCUAUUGGGAAGCCAGGCGCGGCGAGAGGAGGAGAGGAGCAAGGGCCAACAUGGGUGGAUGAUGACAGGAACGGGCGGGAGGGCUUGUCCGGCAGCUCCCAGGGACAGUGCAGCGGCAGGGAUGGCGCAGGGAGGGAGCACAGAGAGGAGCGGCACAGUGCUAGCGUCAGGCACAGCAGUGAUAGGAGCACGGAGGGGAGGCAAGGAAGCAGGGACAGGAGCCCAUCACAACACAGGCGCAGCGAGUCCAGGUCCAGUUCCAGGGAGGGGUUGAGGAGGUCCGGUUCCAGGGAUAUGAGGAGGAGAAGCCGGCGCAGCGUCUCUGGUUCAACUGACAGGAGUUUCCAUGGCCAGGAACGCGGAACUUUCGUCAGGUGAGGAAGGGCGGCAAAGAGGAGCGGAGCCUGGGAUGAAGGACAGGAGCGUAGGGAGGAAGGGCGGGUAGGGAGUCAAACGAGCAGACUACCCAGGUUGUCUUCUCCUUACAGGUCACGGAGUACCACACUUGCGGUUCCGAGGCGGGACCAGGCGGGCAGGAGUCAGCGGCAACUGGACGCUCCGGUGCCUGGCAAGGUGGAUGGAAGGACAGCAAACCCGCGGCCAGAAGCAGCCGGGGGCACCAGCGGUGAGUCCAUAACUGCACUACAGUCGGGGACAUCCUUGGUCGGGGGAAGGGGAGGCACAUAAGUUCAGCAGGGUGUGGUCCCCAGAGGGUGGCAGAGAGGAGGAAAUCAGAAAGGCAGGGACGACAGCUAGGAGGUCAAGUGUCGGGGAGUCGGGAUGCGCGGUUUCAUCGGUGGGGCUGCCGGAAGGGGAAGGUGAACAGGCAGUAGUAUGUGGUGACAUCUCAGAGGCAGCGUGACAAAAUUAUCACGUGUCUUUUGCGGGGCCUCUGGGAUGUCACUUUAAGGUGGAAAUGAAAGAAAGAAUUUGGAAAGGGAAAUUCGUGGAAAUAUUUUCCCUUCUUCCCCUCGAGGAAUUUUUGGAUUUGAAGGAAGAAGACAAGAAAGAUGCUAAAAAAGAGGAGGAGGAGAAAAGGCAGAGGUAUCGCAAGAUACCAAAGACCUUCGGGAAUUGGCUUAGGGCCUCUUGUAUUCUCGCAAGCGUAAUCAGGGAGAAGCGCACGGAUUGCUGCUUGCAACUUUUCUGUUACCUCGACGGCAUAGGGGAUGUGUACCGGACAUACGGGGGACUAGCGUGGUGGAAGUAUGACGAGCAGUGUUGUCAACGGCUGGCAGCGAACCCGACCAUGCGCUGGGACCAAAUGGACCUGCCGUUAUGGAUGAGGCUUAUGAUGGCGCAGAAAAGCGCGCCCUUUCCAGGGACAGCCGGCACAGCCACGGGAAGCGUGGUGUCGGCAGGACAGAAGAAAGGGUUCUGCUGGUCGUACAAUGAGGGGCAAUGCAAGUGGGGAGCUUUGUGUAGAUUUUGACACGAGUGUUCAGGAUGCGUCGGGAACCACGGGGCCAACAGAUGCUUCAGAAAAGGUAAGCCCACCGCAGGGGGGGGAACAACAGGGGCAGCCGCCCCCUCGGCUGCAACUGGGGGCGUCACCGGUGAAAGUCGGCAUGAUGUUGCCUUGGCUAAGGCAAUACGCUGAUCAAGACAAGGCUAGGUUCUUAUGGCAGGGAUUCAUGGAGGGCUUUAAGAUCCCCUUCAAAGCGCAAGGCCCGGGGAAAUUAAGUGCUAAUCUUAAGUCGGUAAGGGAACACCCGGAGGUGGUUCGGAAGAAGUUGAGGAAGUCCAAUUGGGAAGGAUGGCGGGGUCAUUUUCGGCCCCUCCAUUGGCGGAUUUGAGGGUGUCCCCUCUGGGGGUGGUCCCCAAGAAAGAAGUGGGCAAGUUCCGUUUGAUUCAUCACUGGUCGCACCCGAAAGGGGCCUCGGUGAACGAUGACAUCGAUGCGGAUCUGUGCUCUGUCUCCUAUACAUCAUUCAACAAAGCAGUCAAGCUUCCGGCUGCUUCCCAUACAUCCGGAUUGUCAUCACCUACUGGGAUGCUACUUCGACGGGGGAUUUUUUCAUGGACUUACGUCUGCCUAUGGGCUGUUCCAUAUCUUGUGCCUACUUCGAAAAGUUUAGUACGUUUCUGGAAUGGGUGGUAAGUCGGGAGUCGCUAGUGCACUACUUGGAUGACUUCCUAUGCGUCGGCCCGUGGGAUUUGGAUCGGUGCGGGACUCGGAUCAUGGCGUGCAGAUCUUGUGGGUAUUCCAGUGGGUAGCACAUUCCUUUCGGGGUGCCCUUAGCAGAGGACAAGACGGUGGGUCCCACCACUUGCCUUAGCUUCUUAGGAUUGGAAAUUGACACGGAAAAAGGGGAAUGCAGAUUGCCCAGGGACAAACUGUAGUCUGCGGCAAUUGGUGGACACGGUCAAGGGUGCGAGAAAGGUAACCUUGCAGGGGUUACAGUCUCUGGUAGAGAGCCUUAACUUUGCAUGUAAGGUUAUCCCCAUGGGGAGGGUUUUUUGCAGACAGUUGGUUCAAGAGACGAGCGGGGUGCGGCUGCCGUCCCAUUAUAUUCGAGUGUCGGCGGAUAUGAAAGAAGAUUUGGGGGUGUAGGGCCGGUUCUUACGCUACUUUAACGGGAGGGUGUUUUUUCGGGAACCAGCCGUGUCAUCGGAUGUGCUGGGGCUGUUUACGGACGCAUCGUGCAGCAUCGGUUUCAGGGCAUACCUGGCGGGACAAUGGUGUGCGGAGGGGUGGCUGGAGUCUUGGUAGGCGAGCCUACUGAUCUGAAAUUUAGCGUUUUUGGAAUUCUUCCCCGUCGUGGUAGCAGUGGCUUUAUGGGGUCCGGAGCUAGCGAAUAAGAAAGUCGAAUUUUACUCCAACAACAUGGCAGUGGUGCAGGCCAUCAACAGCCUGUCUGCAUCCUCACCACCGGUGGUGCGCCUAUUGCGGCAGCUAGUACUUCUCUGUAUGUCUUUCAACAUAGUGUUCAGGGCUAAGCACAUCCCGGGGUUUAAAAAUGUAGUGGCUGAUGCGCUGUCUCGUUUGCAGUGGGAACAUUUUUGGGAUGCGGCACCGGACGCGCAGGAACAGGGGCAAGCAUGCCCGGUUGAGAUGUGGCAACUUGCUUGGGGAGUGUAUAAGGAACUCGUUGGCGCCGAGCACUUGGUCCUCGUAUGUGAAGGUCUGGAAAGAUUGGGACGAAACGGUGGUUCAGGUAGGGGGGGAUCUCUCGGUGGGUCAGCGGGUGGAUGUACUGUUGUGGAUACUUUGCCAUUUGUUCGUGAAGCAGGCAUCUCCAACCAUGGUAGACAGACAUAUGUCUGCCUUGGCCUUCUUAUUUAAGUUCAACGGGUGGGAAGACAUCACAAAACAUUUCCUGGUACUGCAGGCGGUACGGUGCUUCCGUAAGAGGAAGAAGUCGGUGGAUACAAGGAGACCGGUGUCGUUCGCGAUAAUGCAAAGGUUAGUAGGGGUGUUGCCAGAAAUUUGUCAUUCAUCAUCGAGGUGGCAUUGUAUGGGCCUUUUUUUGGGCUUUCCGGAUUGGGGAGUUGGUCAGUGCGAACAAAGCCGGGGCGGGCGGUUUCAGAGCUCGAAGACGUUGAGGUAGGUACAGACAUAGUGUGGAUCAGGCUGGGCCUCUUGAAGAUGGACAUUUUUGGUAAGGGUUGCACAGUGGUGUUGUUUGAGCUGCCGGGAUCCGAGGUGUGCCCGGUGGAGUGGGGCGUGGGGCGCGGGAUACUUGGCACUACGCUCAAUGGUUACGGGAUGUUUUUUCAUGCACGCGGACGGCUUUCAGUUCAUCAGGGUUUUUCAUUUACAGAAACUGGGCCUGGAGCCCAAGCAGUUUGGGACACACUCGUUUAGGAUUGGGGCAGCGACAGAAGCGGCGCGUCUGGGUCUAGGAGACGAACGGAUCAUGCGGUAAGGGAGAUGAGAAUCCUUACGUUUCCGCUCAUAUCUGAGGCCUGACAAGUUGGUGUGAAUUGGGGGGGGGGGGAGUGAGACUGUGGUAAAGUAAGAAGGGCCUCUACCAAGUCACUAAAAUGUGUUUCCUUGCAGGUUGGAAGGUGUGGCUAAUCGGCCAUUCGUUUGUUUACUGGGCACAGAAGAGGGCUGCAGUUAGAAGAAAUGGAACACAGCUUGGCUUUCCUCUGGAGCAGGUGGCGCUAUCAUGGUUUGGUUUACGGAGGUUUAGUUGGCAGAGUUUGAGUAGUGUGUUGUUUAGGAAAGUUGCAGGGGGGACCGUCCCAGAUGUCUUAGUGGUUCACGGUGAAGGGAACAACCUAGGUCUGAUACCCCAACGAGAACUGGUACAGAGAAUGAAGAGGGACAUGGAUCGGCUGCUGGAGCUGGUUCCUGGCGUGGUGGUGGUCUGGUCCGAAAUGGUGCCUCGUUUUACGUGGAGACACGCUAGGAAUCCAGCUGCAGUGGCCAGAUGCAGGGGUAAGGUCAAUAGGACCAUGGCGGUUUUUAUCAGACGGUUAGGCGGUGUCGUGGUAAGGCACUGGGAGCUGGAGGGCAUGUUGCCCGGGUAUUUUAGAAAACAUGGUGUACACUUGUCGGACGUAGGGAGCGAUCUACUUAACCUGGGUUUUCAGGAGGGCAUUAAUCAGGCCCUGUUUCAGUGGGGUGGGGGUCGCACAUGGUCUUAAGGGUUCAAGUCAUGUGCUGUGGCGGAACAGGGCGUGGUAAAGUCGGAAUUUUGGUGGAGUUGGAAGUGGACAGGCCAAGGUCUAGGCUGGAGUAGGCCGGAUGGAAAUAAGGUUGGUAGGUUCGAGCACUUCGUUGGCUACGAACCUAGAGGUGUAGGGGUGUCUGGGUACACCCCUACAGUUAACUUAUGGGGCUGGGGCCUCUUUGGUAGGCCGUGUGUUACAAGUUAAAUGUUAUUUGGAUGUUAUUUAUUGUUCAAGUGGUAGGGUCAUUGUCAGGGGUAUUGUGCAGGGAGAUAGUAACAUAAUGUCAGUUUUGACCAUGACCCUAAAUAUGUUAAUUUAUUUAUAUAUAUAAGAAUAAUUAAUAAAGCUGUGGACUUUAUACGCCAACAGUAUAAACGGUGUCUGUGUCUCAUUUAAGUUAAGGUUUAAUUAACACCUGUCGAAUAACAACGGUGCACAUGUCAUGCAAUGUUUUUGUUUCUCCUACUCAAUCGAAUAUUUUCUCUUACCUCUCUAGGAAUAAACAGGACUGUGAUGUCAAUUUCUAGACUUUUAUGAAAAAUGGAGGAUCACACAGAUACAAGGUUAAUACAAGUUAUUGGUGUUUUUCAAUUUUUUAAUUAAAUUUUUUACAGCGGUGGUUGGGAGUUACUCAAAUUAUGUCCACGACUGCCUUAUCACUCAUUCUUUAACCCCUAAUGUGUGACAUGUCAUGAUUCCCUUUUAUUCCAGAACAUUGGUCCUUAACGGGUUAAAGGAAAAAUGUUUUGCUAACACUAUAUUGUCCUAACACUUAGUUGGAUUAUAUUUAAGCAAUAAAUUUAAGCAAGGCUUACCUAUGGGGAGGGCCUGAUGCACUACCGGUGCUCGCCAAACAUUAGGCCUCCUGGUGGAUUAUAACAGAGGAUGCAGAGCGUCGACCCAGCGCUGACGGACAUCGGAGCUGGAAUUGGGUAAGUACACACAGGGUAAUUUUAACCUUUCAAUGCUGGGGGGAGGGUGCCAGGGUGUGGGGCAGAAGGAACUAUAAUGUAAGGAAUACAAAUUUGUAUUCCUUACACUAUAGAAUCUCUUAAAUAAUGUAGAAUUUACACUUCCACAUUAUUAGUGUCAAUUCCAUCCAAUGUAGACAGCAUUGAUUGGCUGAGAGCUCUAAAAAUAUGCAGAAAUGUUAAUAUCGCAUUAAAACUGUGGCCGAGAUGGGGACAGUCCCUGGCACUGUGCAGGGUUCCACUUUGCUUUAUGCUGUUCUUAAACGGAUUGAUAUGAAACCGGGGAAUGGAGAAGGGACAACCUGGCAUCAUUAUAACUACAGUGAAUUGUCGUGGAUAUGUUGCAAACAGUUACACUUUGAUAAAAGGUGGGGAGAGAGGUGAGAGAAAAUAACUAAAACAUAAAUUGUCUGUUUUAAAACAAAGUUGUAUCUAAUUAAAUGUUUUUUGUGUUUUUAAGCCAAUUAGUUAACCCAGUGACGUACUAACAGGGGUGGGGGGGGGCAGAGGGGGCGGUUCGCCCCAGGUGCCUCUCACCACGGGGGUGCCUGGGGUAGACUGUCCCAUUACCCGACACCAGGAGGGGGCCCGGCGGCUUGCUUGAUAUGCCGCCGGGUGCGAUGCCCCUCCUGCGCCCAUCGCAGACACUGGUCUGCAGCUCCGCAGUGUGCAGAGCUGCAGAUCAUGUGUCUCGCGAGAUCUGAUCAAGCAGAGAGUUGCCACGUGUUACCACAGCAACGCUCUGACUAGGUCUUGCGAGAUUCAUGGUCUACAGCUCUGCACACUGCGGAGCUGCAGACCAGAUAUCACCAGUGGACCACCAGGGAGCCUACACUGGACCACCAGGUAAAUAAAUAAGGUAUUUAGUCCCCCCCUCCCUCCAUUACCCCCUUCCCUCACAACAUUACCUCGCCUCCCUCACACCAUCACCCCCCUCCCUCUCAUCAUCACCCCCCUCCCUCUCAUCAUCACCCCCCUCCUCUCACCAUCACCCCCUCCCUCUCACCUUCCCUCACACCAUCACCCCCUCACACCAUCACUCCUUCUAUCUCUCCAUUACCCCCCUUCCUCUCACCAUCACCCCCUCCCUCUCACCAUCACCCCUUUCCUCUCACCAUAACCCCCCUGUCACGAUUCGGGGAACCAAACACGCCAACACACACACACACACAAAGUGCCGUACCGGACCUUAGAGUGGCCGGGCUAAGCACACAAAGAAUAGUCAGAAAACAAGCCGAGUAAGGGGAACCAGAAGACAGAAUAACGUGAAACAAGCCGAGGUCAAAGGGUAGGAGAAAGUCACAGAGUCGGAUAACAAGCCAGAGAGUACGUAACCAGAAGCACAAGUUCAGAAUCAAUACUAACAAGCAAAGACCACAACAGGGCGAAGAGGAACAGGAAAGGUAAGUAUAUAAAUCCAAAGGUUAAUUCUGAUUGGAUAAUUUCCAAUCAGAAUUAACAAUCACACGUGGGAGAUAUCUAAACCUCCCACUGUGAUUGAGGCACUGUGCCUUUAACGCCGGGUCAGGUGACUGACCCCGGCGUUGGUUAAAGUGGGCGGUCUCCCAGCGUGCAGCGUCAUGCAUGCUGCCGCUGGGAGACACAGAGGAAGAGGCGGACGGCACCCGUGGGAGAGAGGGUGCCGCCCGCCGAGCACACGGCUGAAGGGGGACCGCGGACGGCUGGAGGGUGAGUGCCGCGAGCGGACUGCAGCCUCCCCUCGCAGCCGCCCGCGGGACCCUGACAGUACCCCCCCCUCGAAGACCGCCCAGAGGGCGGGAAGCAGAAGGCUUCAAAGGAAACCGGGCAUGAAAGGAGCGGACUAAAGAGGGGGCGUGCAAAUCAGAGCUCGAAACCCAAGACCGCUCCUCAGGGCCGUAACCCUUCCAAUCCACCAGGUAUUGCAGCCGACCCCUAGAAACACGAGAGUCGAGAAGGGCAGCUACUUCGAACACGUCACUAGAGACAGUACGAGGGGAAACGGGCCGUCCGAGAGGACGAGAGAACCGGUUACACAGCAAGGGCUUCAAAAGUGAAACGUGAAACGUGUGCGGAAUACGCAUGGAAGGAGGCAAGUCCAGGGAGUAGGAAACGGGGUUGACCCUACGUAACACUUUGUAGGGACCAAGAAACCUGGGAGCAAAUUUCAUGGAGGGGACCCUGAGACGGAGGUUCUUGGAGGACAACCACACCCUAUCACCCGGAGCAUAAGAAGGGGUCGCUCCCCUAUGGCGAUCAGCGAACUUCUUCUGAGCAGCUGCUGAACGAGACAGCGCAAUAUGGACCUGAUCCCACGUCUUCCGUAAAGAGGCGAGGUGCUGGUCCAAGGCGGGCAUUCCCUUGUCAGAGAACGCACCGGGAAGGACAGAAGGCCGAAACCCAUAAGCAACCUCAAAAGGACUUAAGCCAGUAGACGAAUGAGACACCGCAUUCCUGGCAAAUUCAGCCCACGGAAGAAGGCGAGACCAGUCGUCCUGGUGCGCAUUAGUGAAGCAGCGCAAAUACAAUUCCACAGACUGAUUAGCACGUUCGGCUGCACCAUUAGAUUGCGGGUGAUAGGAGGAAGUGAACGACAAGGAGACCCCCAUCUCAGCACAAAAGCCCCUCCAAAACCGAGAGACAAAUUGCGGGCCCCUGUCAGAAACAAUAUCCUGAGGUACCCCAUGCAAUCGGAACACUUCCUUGGCAAACACCUGGGCAAGCUGAAUCGCAGAGGGUAGUUUCUUAAGUGGAAUAAAGUGGGCCAUUUUAGAGAACCUAUCCGUCACAGUUAAUAUCACCGUCUGACCAUCAGAAGGAGGAAGGUCCACAAUAAAAUCCAUGGACAAGUGGGUCCAUGGUUUCUUGGGUAUAGAUAGAGGCAUCAGUAGGCCUUGGGGUCUCAUAUUAGGAGACUUACACUGCGUACAGACCCGACAAGCCUGAACAAAAUCCACUACGUCUCGCUUGAGUGAAGGCCACCAGAACUGUUGAAGGAGGCUCUUAUAAGUCUUGGUAACCCCCGGAUGACCAGCAGUUUUGGCGGUGUGAAAUAAUGUUAAUAACUUUUUUCUGUCACUUACUUUCACGUAUAGUUUACCAACAGGCUUCUCCUGAGGCGCUUGGGUUUGGUAUGUCUUAAUAUUCUCAAGGAAGGGAGAUGAAACAACCAAACGGGUAGCAGCUAUGAUCUGAGAAGCUGGUACAAUAGGUUCAGGGGUUGGGUUAACAAAUUCUAAAGGUUCAUACUGUCGAGAGAUAGCGUCAGCUUUGGCAUUACGGCAACCAGGUCUAUAGGUAAUAAUGUAUUGGAAUCGCGAAAGGAAUAGAGACCAUCUAGCCUGUCGGGCGGACAACCUUCUAGCAUCGGUUAUAUAGGAGAGGUUCUUAUGAUCUGUCAGAACCAUAAUUUUGUGUCUAGAACCCUCUAAUAAGUACCUCCAUUCCUUAAAAGCUAACACAAUAGCUAAUAGUUCUCUGUUCCCAACAUCGUAAUUCUUUUCUGGAUCAGACAACCUUUUAGAAAAGAAACAACAGGGAUGGAGGGGUUCGUCAUACGAUAACCUUUGUGAUAGUACUGCUCCCACCCCCGAUUCAGAAGCAUCUACUUCCAUAACAAAGGGAAGAGAAGGAUUAGGGUGGUGUAGUACUGGAGCAGAGGCAAAUGCUUUCUUGAGAGUUUCAAAGGCUUUAAGGGCUUCAGGAGUCCAAACCCUAGGGUGUAGACCUUUUUUAGUCAGCUUUGUGAUAGGAGAGAUAAGUGGUGAGAAGUUUUUAUAAAUUUUCUAUAAUAGUUAGCAAAACCUAUAAAACGCUGGAUAGCCUUAAGUCCUUGGGGAAGUGGCCAGGACAGUAUAGCUUCCAAUUUAGCAGGAUCCAUACUAAAACCCUGUUCAGAAAUUAUAUAUCCCAGGAAUUGCACAGAGGUCUGAUCGAACAGACAUUUUUCUAACUUACAAUAAAGUCCGCUCUGUAAUAAUUUUUUAAGCACCAUCCUAACAUGUUUAUGAUGUGACUUCAAAUCAGGAGAAUAUACAAGUAUGUCGUCAAGGUACACCACGGCACAGACAUGCAAUAGAUCCCUAAGGACAUCGUUUAUGAGAUCCUGAAACACAGCAGGAGCAUUACACAGUCCAAAAGGCAUGACCAGGUAUUCAUAAUGCCCACUACGUGUAUUGAACGCUGUCUUCCACUCAUCAUUCUCCUUUAUACGGAUAAGGUUAUAAGCCCCCCUGAGGUCUAGUUUAGUAAAGUACUUAGAACCUUUAACGCGAUCAAACAACUCAGUGAUGAGGGGGAUAGGGUAGGCGUUUUUAACCGUUAUAUUGUUCAGACCCCUGUAGUCUAUACACGGCCUCAAAUCGCCCUCCUUCUUUGCCACAAAAAAGAAACCAGCACCAGCAGGAGAGGAGGACCUUCUAAUAAAACCUUUCCUUAAGGAUUCUCGUAUGUACUCCUCCAUGACCUGGUUUUCUUUCUCAGAAAGAGGGUAGACCUUACCCCUAGGGGGCAUAGUGCCCGGUAAAAGGUUUAUGGCACAGUCAUAGUCACGAUGUGGAGGUAGCUUAUCUGCCUCCCUCUUUUCAAAAACCAAUGCAAGAUCAGCAUAUACAGAAGGGACAGAAACAGAGAGUGGUUUAGCCGUGGGCACGUUGAGUAAACAAACAGGACGUACCUGAGCCAUACAGUCUCGUUGACAGGAUUCCCCCCAGGAUAGUAUAUCCAAGCAACCCCAAUCGAGAACAGGGUUGUGUUUCACUAACCAGGGAAAACCCAGAACGAUGGAAGCAGUAGGGGAGUCAAUUAUUUGGAAGGUUAACCUUUCCUUAUGCAAAACACCUACAGACAUCACUAUUUCUUGGGUCUCAUGGGUCACCAGAGGUUUCUCAAGUGGUCUACCAUCUAUGGCCUCAACGACCAAGGGAUCAAAGUCAAGGCUGCGGUUUUAGCAAAGUUCUCAUCCAUAAGGUUGUCUGCCGCACCUGAAUCGAUCAAGGCUUUGGUUGUUAUGGUGGUUUUAUUGACUAAAAGAGAAACCGUAAUAAACGGUCUGGAGAUGGACACAUGAGGGGACAAAGUCAUAACACCCGAGGCCGACCCCUCUCUAGGCCUUAGGUGCUGUAGUUUCCCUGUAACUUAGGGCAGGCAUUACAGUGGUGCCCCCUCUUUCCACAAUAAAGGCAUAACCCCUCCCUUCUACGAUAUGCUCUUUCAGCCUCAGUUAGCCCCGUAGCACCCAAUUGCAUGGGUUCGGGGGUUGGUUGACUAGGAGCGGGUAGUGCUAGUAAAGCAGUAGAGGGGGGAGCAGGUAAUGCCCGUGUAUCCAUCCGUCUUUGACUACGCCUCUCUCUAAUACGGUUAUCAAUAAGAAUGACAUAAUCUAUGACAUCAUCUAGAAGAACAGGCAAUUCCCUGGAUGCUAUUUCAUCCAGUAUGUAGGCGGCCAAACCCUCCUGAAAGGCUGUUACGAGGGCAUCAUUAUUCCAAACCACUUCAGCUGCUAGCGUGCGGAAUUCGAUAGUAUAAUCCGCUACAGAUCUAUUACCCUGUCGUACCCUAAGCAGAGCUUUGCCAGCAGAGGCAACCCUACCGGGUUGAUCAAACGUACGUUUGAAAGCUGUCAAGAACUCUACAAAGGACAUAGGAGAUGUAUUCUCCCACAUGGGGUUAGCCCAUGCUAAAGCUUUCCCGGACAGGUGAUUAAUCAAAAAGGCAAUUUUGGAUCUGUCAGUGGGAUAGGAACGUGGAUUCAUCACCAAAUGGAUGUCAAUUUGGUUAAGGAAACCACGACACAAUGCUGGGUCACCGCUGUAGCGUUGUCAUGUGAACAACAUGAGCAGGAACGGGUACCGGAGUGGGAAUGGGUUCGGGCACAGCAGCAGCAGCCUCCUGGACGGCAGGUUGCAAGUGUGCAGUACGAGCCAGUAUGGUUUGUAAAGCUUGGGCAAACUGGUCCAUACGGUGGUCCAAGCCAUCCAUUCUAGCCUCCUGAUUAACUAGGAGCUGUGGGAUGUCAGCAGGUUCCAUUAUGGCCCUGUUGUAAUGUCACGAUUCGGGGAACCAAACACGCCAACACACACACACACACAAAGUGCCGUACCGGACCUUAGAGUGGCCGGGCUAAGCACACAAAGAAUAGUCAGAAAACAAGCCGAGUAAGGGGAACCAGAAGACAGAAUAACGUGAAACAAGCCGAGGUCAAAGGGUAGGAGAAAGUCACAGAGUCGGAUAACAAGCCAGAGAGUACGUAACCAGAAGCACAAGUUCAGAAUCAAUACUAACAAGCAAAGACCACAACAGGGCGAAGAGGAACAGGAAAGGUAAGUAUAUAAAUCCAAAGGUUAAUUCUGAUUGGAUAAUUUCCAAUCAGAAUUAACAAUCACACGUGGGAGAUAUCUAAACCUCCCACUGUGAUUGAGGCACUGUGCCUUUAACGCCGGGUCAGGUGACUGACCCCGGCGUUGGUUAAAGUGGGCGGUCUCCCAGCGUGCAGCGUCAUGCAUGCUGCCGCUGGGAGACACAGAGGAAGAGGCGGACGGCACCCGUGGGAGAGAGGGUGCCGCCCGCCGAGCACACGGCUGAAGGGGGACCGCGGACGGCUGGAGGGUGAGUGCCGCGAGCGGACUGCAACCUCCCCUCGCAGCCGCCCGCGGGACCCUGACACCCCCUUCCUCACAACAUCACCCCCCUUCCUCACAUCAUCACCCCCAUCACAGUAUUACUCCCCCCCACACCAUGAGCCCCUUCUCACCUUCCCUCCUCCCUCAAACCAUCACCCCCUCCCUCACACAAUCGCCCCCUCCCUCACAGUAUUACUCCUCUCCCUCUCACCAUCACCCCCUCCCUCUCACCAUCAACCCCUCCCUCACAGUAUUACUCCUCUCCCUCUCACCAUCACCCCCUCCCUCACACCAUUAUCCGCUAUACAAGGACACAUACUGCAUUCACUAUAUAAACACACACUGCAUUCACUAUACAAACACACUACAUACACUAUACAAACACACACAGACACACACUUAUACAUGUGUGUCUGUGUAUCUGUAUGUCUGUGUAUCUGUAUGUGUGUUGGUAUAUGUGUAUAUGUAUGUGUUAGUGUGUGUCUGUGUUUGUAUCAGUGUGCCUGUAUGUGUGUGUCUCUAUCUGUAUGUGUGUCUGUGCCUGUGUGUCUCACUCUGUGUGUCUGUAUGUGUGUGUGUUUGUCUUAUAUGUGUGUUUGUAUCUGUAUGUGUAUGACUAUGUUUCUAUGUAACUGCAUGUGUUUACCUAUGUGUCUGUGUAUGUGUGCCAGUGUGUGUAUAUGUGAGUAUAUGUGUGUAUAUAUAUGUGCAUACAUCUCCGCACUUCGCCUACACUACACACAAAUACAACCCUGCAUCCAAAUGUCAAUGCAUAGGUUAUGGUAUAAUUAAAUUACCUGUCGUCCUGUACACAGCUACUUAUAACUGUAGUGAACUGAGAAAUAAAAAUACUGUAGCUAUAAUCUCACCAACACAUGUACUGACUCUACAUGAAGAAGCUUUGCUUCCUCUCCUGGACAUCCAAGGGCUUGUAUUGUUCAUAACACUUUAUUUAAGUCCUCACCUAAUUUAACAAGGUUCUUUACAGCUUCCUAUGAAGGAGCAAGCGCUAUUACCUAACUAAAGCAACUCUGUUAUCCCUCACGCCCACUAUCAAGAUUGAUGAUCAGCUUAGCGAUGGAGAAAAGGUAAGGUAACUACCUAACUACAUCUAACCAGUCACUCCAGCACUACAGUGUUAGGAAUACGUUUGCAUAGUUUGUAAACCGCUAUAGUGUAAGGGAUUCAUGGUUGUAUUCCUAAUGUUUCACUUUGUUUAUGCAGCCCUAGUGACACCUACACAGUCUCCAUACACAUUUCCUCAAAGAGAGAUCUAAUUUUUAAACUUCCUUUAGUUCACAUUCUGUUUCAUUUAGAACUUUUUAUCUAAUGCUCUGUUAAUAGCCUUUUAGAGCCUGCAGGAGCCUCCUGUGUGUAAUUAAAGGAGCACUGAAGUGAAGUUGCUAUGGUGCAAGUAAAACCCUGGUCCUGGUGUACCUUUAGGAGUUUUGUUUUUUUAUGAAUGAGGAACUACUGAUUGGCUUGGAGCGUUAGGUAACCUAAAGGUAAACCUGCACCAGAACAACUUUCAAUGAAGUUGCUAUGGUGCCCAAACUGUCCCUUUAAAGUUCAAUUAACAGAGCAGGAGAUAGAAACAUUUAAAGUAAGCACACUGUGCUGUCAAAUCUAAUUCAAAAUGAAACAAUUUUUCCAUUUCAUUAGCCUGAUACGCAAUCAUAUCAGACUAACGUGCUCCUUUUCUGUGGACAGACCCACUUUAUUGGUUGGAUCUGCCAAAAUACCCACAUAUCCCCAGAUCCCCUUAUAUCAGCCACCUAUGAUGAAUUAAAUCUGCUCGAUAUUUUUGCUCUGCAUUGCGUAUAUGGUAGGUAUCAAUCUGAUAUCUUUAUUUUAUUGGUUCUUUAUGUAAUAUGCUAAAUCGAAAACUUUAUAUGACCUCCUAAGUUGUACUAAACAUAGAUCAGGUUAAUUAGCUAUUUUACGUGUUCUCAGUGUGUGUCUCUUACAUUCUGUUAUUUUUUGGCUAAAUGGUGAGUUUAUGGCUCAUUGAAUUCAGGUUUCUGCUCAAUUUACAUUGUGGAUUGCAGAUACAUUAAAUCAGACAUUCAUUUUAAUCUUUCAUGAACCAUACAUAGCGAGCAAGGAAAAGUUAGGAAAUUGGAUGUUUUCAGAGGUAUUUGGUUGGGGAAUUAAUUUCAUCUGACUUUUUGUAACUGUUUUAGUUUUCUGGUGCAAUUCAUUUUUGCUUGAUUGAUGUUUAUCUUGAGAUGCUUCAGGGAGACAUUAUUUUGAGUUAACGAUCUACUUUAGUGUUUAUUUUUGUGGUUUUUAUUAGCAAUUGUGCUGAUAUACUGCAAAUCAUCCGCAGACCACAGCUAUAGCAGUAAGAUGAAAAAAUUGAAUUCAGAAAUCUUUUUUAGAGCAAAUGUCUGUAGAAUGAUUUGUAUAUCAGAUGAGACAAUAAGGAGGGAUACCUGAGUCUUUUAUGGGUUAGGUUUCAAGACUAUCAUAAUGUCUGUUGGCAGUGUGUACAUACUUACAUGUUGGGAAAAAAACAGUGUUUCCUCAAGAAGACUUCUGAAAUUUUAACUGAACACUCCAAGCCCGCUUUAGUGGUUACGGUGCCAAAAAUGACCUGGUCCCCUACCAGAGAAGUAGUCAAACCAUUUAAAAACAGUUUGGCAAAUUAUCUGGGGUCCAGUGGUGUAUUUUGGUUUUGUGCUGCCCUAGGCAUGACAAAACUUAGCACCCCCCGUUCCAAAUUUAUUUUUCUGACAGACACAUGUCCUCACUGAUGCAUGCACUGACAUUCACUCACUGACAGAUACACAGUCAUUGUCACACACACUGUUUAACCAACACACACUUUCACUGAAACAUACACAUUCACAGACAUACUCACUCAUUCACAUUUACACUCACUCACAGUAACACACACACACCCACAUUCACCAACAGAGACACAUACACACUGACAGACACAUACACACUCGCUGACAGACACACACACACUGACAGACACACAUACACUGACAGAUACACACUCACUGACAGAAAUGCAUACACACUCACUGACAGAUGCACGCUCACUCAGUGUCAGACACACAUAUACUCACUGACAGAUACACACUGACAAACACACUCACUGACAGACAUAUAUACACUCAGUGUCAGACACACACAUUCAUUGACAGACACCCAUACAUUAGCUGACAGAAACACAGUGACAUGCACAUUCACUGACAGACACGCAUACACACACUGACAGACAUGCAUACACACACUGACAAACACUAUCAGUGACAGAUACACACACACUGAAAGACACAUACACACUCACUGACAAACACAUAUAUACUCUCACUGACAAACACAUGUACAAUCACUGGGAUAAGCAGUUGGCGGGCGGGCAGACAGGCGGCGAGGGAGCUCUAAACUCCCUGCUCAGCUCCCUCGGGUGCCUUUUAGUGAUGCCAGGGCUGGAGUGAUGUCAUAUUCCGGCUCCGGCAUCACUGCAGUGUGCGAGGGAGCUGAGCAGGGAGAGCUCAGGGGAGAGUGCUCCCUCACUCCCCACCUCCCACAUCAGCGCAUGCCAGCUUCUGGGUGGGCUUGAGGUAGCAAGCCAAACAGCUCCUGAGCCCCCUAGAACAAGAGGCUGGGAAGGCAGCCAGGGUGUUUGGGGGGUGGCUUUUCAUGCCGCCCCCCUGAAAGUGCCACCCAAGGCAAAUGCCUUGUCAGCCUCACGCUAAAUACAGUGGUGCUGGGGUCCACCAAGCUCCAAAUGCCCCCUCUCCUGGAGUCAGAAGAUCCUGCAAGGAACUUCUAUUAACACUACUGAGCUAAAUUGGAUAAGCGCACUCAGUCGAUGCUCUCAGCCAAUGAACGUGACCAUGAAUGACUGUGCUUAGCUCAGUGGCAAUAGCUUUUGGCUGCAGAGAAGAUGGUGGACCCCAGGUAAAUUGUUUAUUUGUUCUUUGACUACUUUCCCUGGGAGGGUAUUUGACACUCCUGGCACAUUAACCGUUACAGCGGGUUGUAAAGGUUAUAGUGUUAGGAUCCCUUUUAAUAUUGAACUGUACAAGAGGACUGGUAAAAAUAUAAUUCAUUUCAAUAUUUGGCAAGUGUCUUAGACCCACCAAGGUCCAUUUCUGAAAUGGCCAUAGAUCUAAACAUUGGAGCAUCUUCUGGGAUUUUUGUUCCCCUUCGGUUCGCUUUUGCCAUUCAUUUGCUCAUACCAAGCAUAAAUCCAGACAAUCUGCGAGUCUAUAGUCCUCAGUCUGACCUCAAUAUGAACAGUAACUGACUCAGCAACAACAUUUUAAUCAUAUAGUAGUCUGACCUGUUGAAAUGUACCAUCAUCACAGUGCCAAAACUAAUACAAGAUGAACCACUCAGUUUGUGGAGAUCUACAAGGGUGAAACUUACAGGACUUUGCUUGUUGUGGAAAUUUGUGGAAUAUAAAUAGAAAAAACAGCCCCUCCAAAAAAUAUAUUAAAGUCAACUUGAGUUCGACCCUAGAAUAGAAGAAUGCACGGGGGACAUUUAAGGUCAAGCUUCUUCUGAAAUUAUAGGAACGAAAGGUGUUCUUAAAAUCAGCUCUUACUAUGCAGUCCAAUCCCAAAUAUUUGGAUAGUUAUCCAACCAAAACCAAAAACUAGGCUAAAUAGCCCAUGCUACUAUAAAAAGAGCAUGAAAACAUAGCUGCUGUUUCUUUUCCAUAAGAUUGUUUGGAUUUAUUACACUUACUUGCUGUUCUUGACAUUCCUAUUUGACAAAUGCACAGUUUAAUCUAAUUAAUAAAAAUACAAGUCAUUUGUGUAGUGUGCUGCUCUCUGAAAACAUAAACAUUUUCAGAUGAUAUUAUGGCUGGUUGGUAACUAAGGACAGAAAAGUAAAAAAUUUGUCUUUGUAGUGCAUCCAGAAAAUAAGGCACAAUGCGUCACAUUUCAUAGAACUCCUAUGGGAAAAUGUGGUCCCAUGGGAAUAGAAUUCAAAUACUUUUCUUUAAAAAAAAAAUGUUUAUUUUAUUUUGAUUCUCCCCCUCCCCCACCUGUGUGAAGGCUAGCAAAAGAAAAUGUUGCAGUCUGUGCCCUCACUCCCUUAUUUUAAGCCCUUCAUAUUAAAGAAACACUAUAGCGUUAGGAAUACAAAAAUGUAUUCUUAACACUAUAGAGCCCUAGUCACCGUUUAGGUGACUGGGGCCCUGUUCCGCGGCAAAUAAGUGGUUAAUUAGCCAUUUAUUUGCUUACCUUAAUCCAGCGCUGUGCUCCCUUGGCACUGGUGACCUCUCCUCCUCCAUCGGUGUCAGCUCCCGAGUGGAGCCGAAUGCACAUGCGCGGCCAGAGGCGCGCGCGCAUUCAAACCAGUGAGGAUCUUUUUUGACGCUGGACUUCGUGAGGACUUUCAGCGUCAAAUAAGUGCGAUUUACUCCGUGUAAAUCGCAGAAGCGGCCCCUAGUGGCUGGAUUAACCCUGCAUUGUAAACAUAGCAGUUUCUCUGAAACUGCCAUAUUUUCAGCUGCAGGGUUAAAACUAGGGGGACCUGGCAUCCAGACCAGUUAAUUGAGCUGAAGUGGCCUGGGUGCCUAUAGUGGUCCUUUAAUACACUGUGCAUUUGUAGUGAUUUUGGCCAACUGAGUGUCAUUUGACACAUGAGAUUUUCUUAUUAAUGAUUCAAUACCUGGAUUUAAAGGGGCUCUCCAAGCACCAUAAUAACAAUGGCUUAUUCUAGUAGUUAUAUUGCUAGGUAAAUACCCCAUACAUCCUUACUUAUUAAAUCAUUGCUGUUUCUUUAGUUUAGCAUAAUUUUAGUGCUCAGAACCCACUUUGCAGGUUCUUAAUCAUAGCUGUUACGGUUGCCUCCAGGCUGGCUGGAAGUUGGACCGUAGAAAGGAUGCUCCUAGCGCUCACCAAAGUACCAUCAGCACCGUAGACACUAUAAGCACUGCAGACUCCACGAACCGCCGCUGCUACCGCUGGGGAGAGAGGUCUCUGCUCUCCUCUCCCUGGAACUCAGGCUGCCGCUGGGGAGGGAGGUUGAUGCUCUCCGCUCCCUGAAACUCACAAUGAGGUUGGGGAUCUGGGCCGAUUGUCCAGCAUCCCUGUAGAGAGACCUUGGUCCCAUCUCUACCUGCUGACUGGGGUUCCUCUCAGUAUACCUCUACGAUAUCCUUCCAGCUGAAAGGCUCUCGACCUGGCUCUGCUGCUGUGCUCUCCUGGGGGACCUCUGGAUGCUGUUGAGAAAGGGGACCGGUUGUCUCUUCCCGGGACCCACUGAUGAGGUGCUAGUACUUCCACUCCAGGUCACAUUCCUGGGUGACUAGGUACUGCAGGUCUGCCUCCAGGUCAAUAGCUCUAGGGAGACCCCGCAUGUCUUCCCGGUCGUCAUACAGGUCCCAGAAGCGUGAGUCUGUAGCCCUUCCAAAGUCAUCAUCGUCUAUAUUCUCCCAGAAUAGACCAGGGCCAUUGUUAUCCCCACUCUCAGGGAAUUCAUACUCAGCCAUCUCUGGAACAAGCUGAGUCACAUACCACUGUAGCGCCUGGUAUGCGUGUCGAGCCACAGUUCGCUAUAUACUAGAGCCUCUAGUUUAGCCACCCACGCUGGAAGGGGUUGUUUGCCCAGGAGGGGUAUCCGCUCUGCCAUUCGAGCCUGGAUUCGCUGCCUUCUGCUGAGACUACGAUCACCUCGCCAACACUGGAGUUUCUCUAGGGAUUCUUCCCACAACUCGGCUCUGGCCUCAUUUCCGUACCCACACAUCUCCUCUUCUGAGACUGCUAGCGUUGCCCUUAAUACUCUCUCAUACGAUACCAGUGUCGUCUGGGUGCUGCUCCUUGCACCAGGACGCUAUGCCACCGCUGCCACCAAAUAUUACUGUUGCCUCCAGGCUGUCUGGAAGUUGGACCGUAGAAAGGAUGCUCCUAGCGCUCACCAAAGGACAAUCAGCACCGUAGACACUAUAAGCACUGCAUAGACACCAUAAGUACUGCAGACUCCACGAACCGCCGCUGCUGGGCUGAGAUCUCGCCGUCUGCUAUCCAACCUGGAGCCUGGGCAUAUUGGUCAAUUGAUGCAUACGAGACAGAGCUUAGGGCCGCGUCAAUGUCAUCAUUGACCGAUGCCCCUUUUGGGUAAGACAAAUGAUGUAUCAAACGGAAUAUUCGUGUUUGAAUCUGCACGAUGUCCCCCAUUUGCAUUGGCCUUCAUUGAAGAGCAUGCAAAACCCCUUCUUUUGCCCGGCCGGCGCCGUUCCUCCAGGUACCGCACCGGCCACCCCCUGAAAGGGCGCAGCCUUCUGCGCCAUCAUCAGCUUCAUCCAUAGAGGUAAGUCCAUUUAGUACCACCUUAUACUAGGAUUCGCUGCUAACCGUUGGCGGAAUUGCUCAUCGUAUUUCCACCACGCUAUUCCCCCGUACGUUCGGUACGCGUCCCCAUUCCCGUCCAGAUAACAAAAAAGUUGUGAGCAGCGGUCGGGGUAUUUUUCCCCGAUAACGCUGGCCAGAAUACAAAAAGCCCUGAGCCAGUUCCCAAAUGUUUUAGGGAUCUUCCGAUACCUACAUUUUUUCUCUUCUUCCUCCUUUUUUGCGUCCUUUUUGUCCUCCUCUUUUAAGUCGAGGAACUCUUCUAGGGGAAGAAGGGAGAAAACCUCUACAAACUCCCCCUUCCAAAUCUUGUCUUUUACCUCUGCUUUUAGAUGACAACCCAAAGGGCCCGCAAAAGAAACAUGCACAUUUUGCCGCGCCGCAUCUGGACUUUCGCCACAUAAGUCCGUUCUUUCGCCCAGCCCCCUUACCGUCUCAGUCGUAGUUAACCCGAGAUCGCCACUCACCGCUCCGACUGCUCUAUCUGUCGAUCCGAGACCCUUCUGUUGGACCCAUACCUUCGCGAACUGCAGUGACGAAACCUCCCCAUUCGCCCAUGAAUCUAAGAACGAUUUCAAGCAGCUUAACAGUGUUUCUGAGUGUGGUGCCUCCGCGCCGUUUCCUGCUGACUUCCGGCCUGGGGUCGCUUCUACAGCCUUGCUGCCCUUGGGAGCUGCCCCUGCGGCCCUCCCGUCCAUGCUUAACCCCACUUUCCUCUGAACACAACACUGACCCUUGUGACUGAGCCCCAUGCAGUGAACCUAGCCCUCCCUGUGCCGCCGUGUCCGCAGGGGAUUACCAGUGCUGUCCCUGGCAGCCAGAUUUCCCUUCCGCCGCAUACCUGGCCUGCCUCUGCUGCCCCAGCUGGGUGGGCCCGUCGGCCACCCCCUUGCUGCUAGACCCGGCCACCGCCAUGGCCGUUCCCGCUGUGUCUCUGUUGCCGGGGGCCCCCCCUGCCACCAGGGGAACGGCCUGCCUACCAUUAACAGCCUCCUGCCUGUCCCCUUGCCGCCCGGCUGUUACACCGGCGGCCGACUCACCGGGACCCCUAAGGUCUCCGCUUCCUCUCCACGUCCCGCGUUCCCGGCCUCCAUGGGGGCCGCCACUGUCUUCGCCGCCCUGCCGGCCGCACUGUAGGCCUCGGUCUGGCCACUGUCCCUGCCGACCGGCACCGCGUCGGACAGACGGUACUGGCCGCGUUCUCUCCGCCUUCGCCUGCCCCACAUCCGUAGCCAGGGCCCCACCAGCAUCUGCUGACGGGCUCCGACAUCUUCGUGCUUUAGGCAUCACGCCCGGACUCAGCCGCUGGGACGGUCUCGCCCUCCUCACUGGACGACGCUCCGCAGCUGCAGGGGGUUUAACGGCGGUACUAGGAGCCCCCAGUUGUUGAUGAACCAAGGCCAUCCCUCUGUCCCGCAUGGCUGCUCUCACUCCUUCCAAGAUCUCGUCCAGUGAUGCCAUGAUCUGAAAAGGAAAGAAGAAGAACCCACACAGACCUGCCAAAGACAAUUGACAGGUAAGUGCAGAUUCUGAUUAAAAUGGCCAUGGGCUUCAUUAUAUAAAUAAAAAAGGUUUACAGUGCAAAUACUGCUGUUGCAUAUAAUGUGCAUAAAAUUUGAACAUUUUCAACAAUUUAACAUUUGCAAAAAACACCACUGUACCAUAAAUUCAAAUAUACAUUAAAAAAGUGCACAAUAACUAAAUCCAACAUACUUAAAACACACACACAUACAUACACACUCACAUUAACAUUUUUCAGUUCUCACAAACGUGCAAAGUAUCUCAAACUGCUGUGCACGUAGCGUGAAAGAGCUCCCUGUCCUGCCCCCUGUCCUGCUCUCUGUCCUAUAGAGCUCUCUCUUCCGUCCCUUAGAGCUCUGCCCUGCCCCUUAGUGGUCUUUCCUCUCCCCCCCCACCAGUCUCUUUUCACCCCCCGUGUUCUCCUCAUCGCCGCUUCUCCUCACCCCCAUCCCUGUGUUCUCCUCACCAGCCAGCUCUGGGCCCCAAGCAAUUGCUUGGUUUUCCUGCCCACCAGCGAUGGGCCUGUGUGUGUGUGUCUGUUACUGAGUGUGUUAGUUUGUGUGUUUCUGUUAGUGUGUUUCUGUUAUUGAGUGUGUGUCUGCUAGUGUGUCAGUGAGUGUGUUAGUUUUUGUGUGUCAGUGUGUGUGUGUGUGUUACUGUGUGUGUGUCUGUUACUGAGUGUGUUAGUUGUGUGUUAGUUUGUGUGUGUCUGUUAUUGAGUGUGUGUCUGCUAGUGUCAGUGAGCGUGUUACUUUUUGUGUGUCAGUAAGUGUGUGUGUGUGUGUCAGUGAGGGUGUUACUGUGUGUGUGUCUGUUACGGAGUGUGUUAGUGUGUGUGUCUGUUAUUGAGUGUGUGUCUGUUAGUGAGUCUGUUUGGUGUCUGUUAUUGAGUGUGUGUCUGUUAGUGAGUCUGUUUGGUGUCUGUUAGUGAGUGUGUGUUAGUGAGUGUGUGUCUGUAUAUGUGUGGGUGUGUAGGUAUGUGUGUCUGCAUUUGUGUGUGUGCCAUGUGUGUGUGUGUGUGCCUGUAUGUGGGUAGGUAUGUAUAUCUCUUGGUCUGGAUGGGUAUCUGUUUGUCUGUAUGUGUAUCUGAAUGUUUGUCAUUAAAGGACCACUAUAUUACCAGGAAAACAAACUCGUUUUUUUGGCACUAUAUAGUCCUUAGGUCCCCCCCACCCUUGUGGCCCCACUCCCGCUGGGCUGAAGGGGUUUCUCCAGCGCCGUUGCUCACAAUCUGCCUCUCAACUCCGAAUUACUUAAUGCUUUCCUAUGGACGUCCAGCGUCUUCUCCCUGUGAUUUUCACUGUGAGAAUCGUGGAAACGCCUCUAGCGGCUGUCAUUGAGACAGCUACUAGAGGCUGGAUUAACCCACAGUGAAACAUAGCAGGGUUAAAACUAGAGGGACCUGGCACCCAGACCACUUCAUUGAGCUGAAGUGGUCUGGGUGCCUGUAGUGGUCCUUUAAGUGUAUGUGUAUCUGCAUGCACUGGCGUACAUACCACGGUCGCAGGGGUCGCAGCACUGCAACCAGGUGCCCGCCGCCAUGUGUUGCGGGCCCGGUCCGCGCAGUGUAAGGAUCAGUUUUCGCACCGGGCCCCAUAGAUCGUGUGUAUGCCACCGAUUACAGUGUUACAGCAUAGAAAUCCAAGCCAGAUGGCAUAUAUAAAAUAGAUAUUUUUGCCUACUGUAUCUGAAAUAUGUUUUGUUAGAAUAAAACGUUUGCCUUGUUUUUCUAUUAUACAGCGCUGCGGAAUAUGUUGUCGCUAUAUAAAUAAUUGCAACAUUUAAUCUACACACAAUUCAAUUGUGAGCUCACUCUGUCAGCACUCUUUGUAGUUUCUGCUUGGGCUGAUGAAAUAUACCCUGUUUAGUAUAAUAGAAAUCAGAAUAAGACCCUCUUAUACAGGGAGGGAAAAGAAAAAUGAAUAAAAGCAGGCUCUGCAAUCAGACACCUCUCUUGCCUCAUUACUAUAGUAGUAGUGGGCUGGAUCUCCCUCCCACUGAGACUGUUGUCAGAAUAGUAUUGUCAUCUGAUUGGUCCACACUGGAGACAACACCUGCUUGACCCCUUCAUUCAAGUGACACAAGAGCUUGCAGAGGAUAUUUGAGGCACCAUCCCUCCUCGAUUGCAGUCAUUCCCAAGCACUAGUUCAUCAGAUCUGUUAGUACUGUGCCUGAGCCAGGGGCUGAGCUGAGCUGACACAUAGUAAGCCUUCUCACUCAAAGCAUCAAGCAAUCAAAGACAGGACCAUGUGCUUAAUCAUGAUCCCCAGACUGCUCGUUCUAGGGCUGCUCUUUGCAAGUUUAGAAACCGUUUUUGGGACAGAUACUACCGAGCUCCCAGAGAGCCCACAGGAGAAGGAGAAGCUUGCUACCCAGCAGAAGGGACGCCUCUCCCUGCAGAACACAGGUAAAGAUCUCCCACUGACAACUUUGUAUAUCUAGGGAUUAAUUCCCCUUCCAUCUCUGGAACUUCAGAAACAUCUGCAGUAUUCUAACUCCUGAUCAUCCUUAUCCAGCCUCAGAGAUGGAUAUGGGUGAUUGGCAUUGCGGUCCAGCUUUACAGACAGUGAUCUCCACAUUAAAUGUUAACACUCCCCAGAAACCCUCUAUUUUACUUAAUUAUAUACUGUAUAUAUAUUAAAUAUCUAUAUAUAUAUCUAUAUAUAUAUAUAUAUAGAUAUAUAUAUAUAUAUUUACUGUUUAAGAAAUGCAGCUAUUUUAUAUGAUUAUUGUAGUGCAUGUUUUAAAAUAAAUGAAAUCAGCGAUUCCUGUGCAGUUUAGGACAUGUUUGUUUCCUGAUGCAAUAUAUGUUAGAAUGUGUAUAUGACCUGUGUUUGGGAAGAUUCCUUGCACAGUAGUGGGAGAUAACGUGUCCCGGUGACAGACUGUGUGAUUUACAUAGUGAGAUUGUCAAGUGGAAUCUCAUUGCUGUGUAAAACUUUGCUAAAACCACGUGCAUGUCUCAGUAAUGGAAUGUCCCAGUGAUCCCUACAUGGGAAUCUCAGAGUUAAUGUCUUGCACUGAGGGGGAAUAAAGAGAACAUACAUCCCCAGACAGGCUGUAGUAAAUAGGUUGCUGUUUUGUCUGUCAAAACCAAGGUCUGAGAUCUUUGUACAAAAAAUGCCCUGUCUGUAGCUAAGCAAAUAUGUCAGUGAAAUCCACAUUGCCAACUUGGGUUAACAGUAAGACUUUCAGGGAGUUGUUUCGAUUCCCAAAAAUUCAUUUUUGCACAGAAGGCUGGCAGUGUCAUAGUAUUUACUGGUAUUGAAAAUGAUCAUAUAUUUACAUAGCUCUUACAUAGUAAUCUAGGUUAGAAGAAAAAAAAAAAAAAACUAAGGUCCAUCGAGUUCAAACUUUCACACACAUCUGUUUAUGCUGUUGAUCCAAACAAAGUCAAAAACUAACCAAUCAAACAAACAAAAAUAAAAACAAAAAAAUUAUAAUUUUGAAUCAAUUCCCAAUUGUGUCCCAAACAGGGGGGCGGGGGUCUCUCUUGAUUUAAUAAUGUCAAUUUAAUUUCGCCUUGGACCAGCUUUUAACUUAUAUGAUUAUGUAAUUAUUAUAUCCUUGAAUGUUCCUUUUUUAAAAAAAUUUUUAUGCAUCCAGAUCUUUAAAAAUAAAAUCUGUGUAGAAUCGUGUGUGUGCGUGCGUUAAAUUAUUACACUGACUUUAUCAAACUUUGUUUGAUCAAACAAGUGUUCUAAUUGCUGUUUUAUUUACUUGGAUAUCAUAGUUGAAAUCACUACUGGAAGAUAAGUAAAUGAAAUUAGACAUCUGUCUAGGCCCUACAUGAAUUAUAAAAAUACUAAAAUGUUUUUAAGAUGCUCAGAGGCCCAGACAAUUAAAGACUUACACUACACAAAGCCUUGAGAUUUUAAGUUUUAAUUGGCAAACUCUUUAUUCCCAUCUGUUACUGAUCCGUUUAAUAUGUCUCAUGUGCACCAACAUUUUGUAAAAAUCCGUUGGUAUUUUAUAGGUCAAGUAUGACACUGUGUCUUCCAUUCUGUGUUUGCUUUGCCUAUAUCUUUUGGGUUUUUCAUAGGGGACAUUACAGCGAGUAAUUCACUAAACCGUGAAUCAUUGUAAAUGUUGAAACUAAUUUGCAAAAUUCCCCAACUCAAACUGUUGACUAAGCCAAAAUAAUUCAAUUUUCAAUUUACAUCAAUUCACUGUUUACAAGGUUAUUCACAAAAGCAGGGGUGUCCAGAAUGGAUAUGCCCAGAUGUUGUAGAACUACAACUUCCAUGAUGCUUUGCAUGCUUUUAGACUGACAAAGCAUCAAGGAAGUUGUAGUUUGAAUACACUUAGGGAUCUACUUUUUUGGCACCCCUUCACUAACGUAUGAAUUGCUGGGAAUCGUCUGCAUACCCAUAAAUUGUCCAAUAAUAGACAGUCUUAUUUUAGAUAUUAUUUUAAAGGACCAAAUGUUGGAAAAAGCACAGCAUGUCACAGCUCCUUCAGUGGUAUAUUAUUAUUAUUAUUAUUAUUAUUAUUGCCAUUUAUAUAGCGCCAACAGAUUCCGUAGCGCUUUACAAUAUUUUGAGGGGUGGGAUGUAACAAUAAAUAUCCAUGUAAAUGGUUAGUAUUUCAGUUAGUGAAUCGUAUUAUUUAAAAUAAAAUGUAUAGUGCUUAUUUGUAAGGAGUGUGUAUUGCAAGCAACAAUUUUUCUGAGCUUUCACUCUAUAAAAUUAACCAGAGGAUCACAGUAGAUAAUAAAAGUGAAAGGGAUAAGAUUGCAGGUACAGACAGUUCACAUCUAAUGGUGAUUGUCAACUAUCUGACUUCUCUUCAAAGUGUGAGCCUAAGCCAUAGUUAACCCAUUGCGUAGUAGAAGUGCAUUUAUUCAUUUAUUUUACUAAACAUUAUCAGGGUUUCUAAAUUGUGAAUGGUCCAUAUUUCACCAGAGAGUUUUUGGCCAGGAUAUCAUACCCUCCAAAUGCCCCUGCUUAUGAGGGACAGUCCCUAUUUUGGACUCAGUAUCCUUUUUUUUGUUUUUCUAGGAGCUCCGUAUUGUCGGUGUGUCAAACUCUAUAGCUCUAUAGUUCCACAGCAAUAAUACUCACAGUAAAGUGUGUUUAACCCCUUAAGGACACAUGACAUGUGUGACGUGUCAUGAUUCCCUUUUAUUCCAGAAGUUUGGUCCUUAAGGGGUUAAACUACAAUACAUGCAUUUAGAAAUUAGUCUGUAUAAGGUGCAUUGUUCUAAGUUACACUUUAGUUGCAUAAAUUGUAAUAAAAAUGUCACUUACAAUUUCUGAGAAAAGCCAUGCCCCUGACCACACCCACACCGCUAAAAUCAAAGUGUGCUUCUUGGUCCAUUUAAAAUAUUGGAUGGCAUGGAAUAGGAAGCCUGGAAAAAGUCUCCAAGUUAGCAAUGUUUUCAGCUCAGCUAUUUUAAACCGAACUUUGCAACUCCCAGGUGAAUUCCGGACAUUUCAGUGUUUUCUGAAUAACUUAAAAUAUGAUUGGAAAAAUUAGGACCACCAAAGCUGGCUUGGAGUAAGUCCACUUUAAAUUCACAGUAGUCACAGCUUGGCUUUUGUAACAUAUAUUUUGUAAUGAUGUGUGUAGGUAUCGUGCUGCCAAAACAACUCUGAUGUGUUGAAACAUGGACUCCACAAGACCUCUGAACAUGUACUGUAGUGUCUGGCACCAAGACACUAGCAAUAAACCCUUUAAAGGACCACUAUAGUGCCAGGAAAACAUACUCGUUUUCCUGGCUCUAUAGGGUCCUUGGGUCCCCCUCACCCUCAGGGCCCCACUCCCGCCGGGCUCUAGGGCGAGGAAGGGGUUAAUCCCCUACCUUUUUUACAGCGCCGGACUCUCCUCCUCCUUUCUUCCCCAGCUGUGGAACUGAAUGCGCAUGCGCGGCACGAGCCGCUCGCGCCUUCAGCCAGUCUCAUAGGAAAGCAUUCUCAAUGCUUUCCUAUGGGCGCUGGCGUCUUCUCACUGUGAAAAUCACAGUGAGAAGCGCGGAAGCGCCUCUAGUGGCUGUCAAUGAUACAGCCACUAGAGGCUGGAUUAACCAAUUUGUAAACAUAGCAGUUUCUCUGAAACUGCUAUGUUUACAGCAGAAAGCGUUAAUCCUAGAUGGACCUGGCACCCAGACCACUUCAUUGAUCUGAAGUGGUCUGAGUGCCUAUAGUGGUUCUUUAAAUACUACAAGUUGCGAGGUGGGGUCUCCAUGGAUCUGAUUUGUUGUUCCAGCACAAUUUACAGAUGCUCAAUCAGAUUGAGAUCUGGGGAAUUAGUAGGACAACGCAACACCUUGAUCUCUUUGUCAUGUUCCUCAAACCACAGUUUUUGCAGUGUGUCAAGGUAUAGUAUCUUGCUGAAAGAGCCACAUGAAGGGGUGUACUUGUCCUUCAACUAGGUGGUACAUGUAAGUAGGUGGUACAUGUCAAAGUAACAUCCAUAUGAAUCCCAGGAUCCAAGGUUUCCCAGCAGAACAUUUCCUAGAGUAUAACACAGCAUCAGUCAGCCUGCCCUCUUCCCAUAGUGCAUCCUGCUGCCAAAUGUGCAUCCAUAGUGCAUCCUGCUGCCGAAUAAACAAUAUGCAAGCGCUCGGCCAUCCACCUGAUCAAAAAGAAAACAUGACUUAUCAGAUAUUUAACCUUCUUCCAUUGCACAAUUAACCAAUUCUGAUAAUCACAUCCCCACUGAAGGCGUUUUCGGCAGUGGAAAUGGGUCAUGGACACUCUGACUGGUCUGCGGAAAAACUGUAACGCACUGUGUGUUCUGACAUCUUUCUAUUAUGAUCAGCAUUAUGUUUUUCAGCAACAGUAGCGCUUCUGUGUGAUAGGACCAGAUGGGUUAGCCUUCGCUCUCCGUCUGCAACAUUGAGCCUUGGUUGCCCAUGACCCUGAUGCCAAGUCACUGGUUGUGCUUCCUUGCACCACUUGUGGUAGGCACAAGCCACUGCAUACCAGGAACACCCCACAAGACAUGCUGUUUUGUAGAUACUCUGACCCAGUCGUUUAGCCGUCACUAUUUGGUCCUUGUCAAAGUCACUCAGAUCUUUUUGUUUGCCCAUUUUUCCUGCUUCCAACACAUAAAAUUCAAAAAUUCACUGUUCACUUGCUGCUUAAUAUAUCCCACCCCUUGACAGGUGCCAUUGUAACAAUAUCAUCAAUGUUAUUAAAUCCAGUCAGUGGUUUUAAUGCUGUGGCUGAUCAGUGCAUAAAAUGCAGCCUCUUUAUAAGGUACACCUCUGUAACGGAGCUCCAUGUACCUCGGCUGGGUACCUCCGCCAAGGACCGCUUCAUAGCUGGAACAGAGGACAAAUGGCAGCACUUCUGCCCUCAGUCGCCGUGGCUUAACUGGGGCCCUGGAACCACUCCUUCCUGGAGCCAAAUGGGGAAUUUGCUGUAGACACCCCCAGGCACUGGACGACACUCAGUCCUGGGAACUCUAGUCCUUACAAGGACUUUCCCCAUUGAAUCCCCUGCAAGCUGGAACAGCAGACACAGGGGUUAAAUCUUCCUUCCCUCCCUUCCUUAUGCGUGGGGUAGGCAUAAGGCUAUCCUAACUAUAAGAUAAGGCCAGGGACUAAUGAAAGUAUUUAGAAAAUUGGGCAGACUAGAUGGGCCGAAUGGUUCUUAUCUGCCGUCACAUUCUAUGUUUCCAAUAACAGGAUGACACACAGUUUUGGAGUGCAAGCUGGAAUGCUUUAAUGGCAGCCACAACUGGCCUUAUAUCCAUGUCCCCAUGCAAGGGGCACUCCCCCCUGGACCAAUGACAAAGGUGUUUAAAUACAUGACACUCCCAUAUACAAGCAUACAAUCCCUCCUCUUUGCCUGGGAGAUAAUUUGAUCGGUAACUGUACUAAUUCUAAUCCAAUUAUCUUCAAGCAUAGAAAAAACAUACUUUUUCAAAACACCCCAAAAGUACCUUAUAAUACAUAAAACCCCACCAAUGUUACAUCCCCUGAUAGCCCUUGUCUGGGUGACCAACAUAUCCAAAAAUCACCCAGAUCAGUUCAGGAAUUCAUAAAUUUUUAAUGACCGUGCACAUGGUCCUAUGCCCAAAACAGUUCCAUGAAAUCAGUGCUAACGGUCGGUCAAGUUUGGUAGUCUUUUACAGGUUUCCCUGCUGGGCCCAUAGUCUGUGGGCUGGUGGCUGGCAAGCAGGCUCUUCCAGGAGCUUGUGGCAAACUCACUUGGAGAGUGGGGUUUGUCACAUAUCUUCCCCAUCCCGGGGAGACCAUCCCAGACCUCCAAUCGGUCUGGGUCUGUUAUAGUCUGGUGACCUUUCCCAAAAGGCGUAGUUGUCCAGACGGCCACAAGUGCCUAUUUGUACAUCCAGUGUCCUGCGGAGAAACAACCUGGAUGCACUUCCCCCUGGUUGGAGCAAGUACUCACUAGGGAUGGAGCACGCAAUUCCCCUCUCUAGGGGGUAAAUCUUGCCGCUGGGGAGAGGGACCGGCUGUCCCUUCUCCCUGUAACCCAUACUGCCACUGGGGAGAGACACUUUCCUCUCCCUGGACCUCGCCUACAAAGCCCUCCAUGCUUGAUGGGCAGAGACCAGCGGUGCUCUGCCCUGUAGCCAGCACUUCAGCUGGCUACAGCUUGCUUCAGCUGGCUUCAGCUUGCCAUCAGGUCCCAGAACUAAUGGGCUGGUAGGGCAGAGGCCAGCUGUGCUCCGCCCUGAUGCCAGCUCGUUUGCUGGAAGGAGAUCAGUAAUUCCCUCUCCUGCACCUGGAACAUGGUUGGGAAUGGGCAGUUUGGGAUCUGGGCAGGCUGCCCAGCAUCCCUGUAGGGCGACCUUGGUCCCAUCUGCACCAUCCAUGCCAGGGGGCUUGUCUCUGGACGACAGCCCCAGCUGCUGGGCAGUGGGAUCGACUGUCUCCACUCCCUGUAUCUUUUCCAGUGGUGAAGGAGUGGGACCAACUGUCCCCUCCCAAGGUGUCUCUGGCUGCCGCUGGGGAGUUAGACUGACUGUCUCCACUACCUGUAUAAUACCCUACCGCUGAGGAGAGAGGACAAUACGCUCCUCUCCCUGUAACAUACUCGGCUGCUGGGGAGUGAGACCGACUGUCUCCACUCCCUGUGUUGCACAUAGCCGCUGGGGAGUGAAACUGACUGUCUCCACUCCCUGUAACUCUAUCUGCCGCUGGGGAGAGAGGACGAUAUACUCUUCUCCCUAUAACACACACUGCCGCUGGGGAGUGAGACCGACCAUCUCCACUCCCUAUGACUGUCUGCCGCUGGGGAGAGAGACCGACUGUCUCUUCUCCCAAUAACACUGGGGAGGUUGGAGAUCUGGGCCGUCUGCCCAGCAUCCCUGUAGGGCCGGUGGAGAGACCUCGGUCCCAUCUCCCCUGCCAACUGGGGUUCUUCCCAGGACCAGUCGAUAAGGUCUUCUAUCUCUGGGGCUGGUUGGGAAGUAGGUGGUACAGUGUCCGGGUCUCUUGAUGACAGGCUUAGUUGCUGGGGAGGAGGGACGAAACUCAAUGCUUCCGGUGAUAUACAGUCCAUAAGCUCCACCAUGUCAGAGACAGGCGGCGUUACCUGGCUAAAUAGGUGAGCAUAGUCCUGCUUGAACUCCCACUCCAGGUUGGCCAGACAGGACAGGUCUGGUUGUAUGGCAGCAAUCUCAGUAAUCUCAGUUGUCUGUCCGCUCAGCUCGGAUGGACCAGAAGCGAGCACUGUCGGUUUCUCCGAACCAGAGACUAAUUCCUAAAGCCUCCCACAACAAACCAGGGCCAUCGUAGUCUUCCCCCCUCAAUACACUUAUACUCGAUCAGCCAUGGGUAGAGGUGGUAGGCAUGCCACCGCAGGGCCCGAUAAGAAACAUCCAUCCACAUCUCUCAACUAGCAUCUCCAGUUUGCUUACCCAUUGAUCUGAGGACUGGUUUCCCAGGAACAGCAUCCGCAGCGCUAGCUGUUCCGCUUGGCGCUGGUUGGUGGUCAGCAUUUACUCACUCCGGAAGGGUCGAAUUUCGUGGAGGUCCUCCUUCCAGUGAUCAGUUCCAAGCGCCACCCUGGAUCAGGUUCCUUCUCUGCCGAUGUCAUGGCGUGUGCCACAUGUAUAGGCCUUCCCCAUAGGAAAGCGUUGAGUCAAUAUUUUUCAAUCAGGUUUUCCAAGACGCUGAACAUCCUCAUGCAAAGCGUGAGGACGUCCAGCAUCGUUUCACAGCAUUAAGCGCUGUGAAACUGCAGGACGUGCCUCUUGUGACCAUCUGGGAAGUGGACAGUCUACACCAUAAAGAAACUGAGAAUACAUUGGGGGCAAGUCCUUCAGUACUGGACAACAGAUGAGCAGAAAAAUGUUGUCUGGUCUGACAAAUCUGUCUUGUGUCAAUGGUUCAGGCUGUUCAUGGUUUUAUGGUGUGCUAAUUUGGCAGUGGUGUUUUGGUGAUGAGUUGAUUUGCUAAAUUUAGUUUUUUGUCCGUGAACGAAUUGGUUAACCUGAACACAAUUUAAUCGAUUUGUCCUGGAAAUGCAUUUAUACCUUGACAACUCGAUUUGUUUGGGUAUGAAUUAAAAGGCUUUUGUUUUGGCCAAAUCGGUUUGUUUAUGGAGCAAACUAUUUUUUGCCAAUGUUUUUAUGACGGGAAUGUAUUUAUGGCACAUGAGGUCCAGAAUACCAGGUGAACAAUCUUUAAAUGUCAUAACAUACCCAAAUAUUGUCGCUAAUGUGCAUGUUUUAGGCUGAACUUGAAAAUAAAGUUGACUUUAAAAGUUCUUACAAUUUGGCUGUUGUGACCUAAAAUUUCAAAUUCUCUUUGAAUUCCCUAUACAUUUUCAACAAUUCAAACUUUAGUGAAUGAUCCGGUCAGUGUGUGUUUGAAAUGUAUUUUUAUUAAUGAGACAAACCUGAUCACUCAACACCUUAAAGGGAUGCUAUAGUUACCAGCUUAAUGAAGCAGUUUUGGUGUACAGAUCAUGCCUUUGAAGUUUCACUGCUCAAUUCACUGCUGUUUAGGAGUUAAAUCCCUUUUGUUUCUAUUUAUGGAGCCCUAGCCACACCUCCCUUCACUGUGACUGACACAGCCUGCAUGAAAACAAAAUGGUUUCAGUCUCAAUCAGAUUUUAACUUUGUAUCUCCUACUCUGUAAAUUGAACUUUAACCACACACAGGAUACUCCUGCAAGGUCCAGCAAACAGAGCAGGAGAAAACAAAUUCUAAAUUAAACAGAAUUUGCAAUAAAGGAAGUGUAAACAUUAGACUACUCUUUACAGGAAGUGUUUAGGAAGGCUGUGUAAGUCAAACGCAGGGAGGUAUGAGUACUAGGGCUGCAUAAAAGUGAUUUAACUCCUAAAUGGCAGAAUUAAGGAGUGAGACUGAAGGGGCAUGAUCUAUACACCAGAACAGCUUCAUUAAGAUAAAUUUGUAUUGGUGACUAUAGUGUCCCUUUAAUAAACAGAAAGGAUUAUCUGACAGAUCUCUUUAUUCAAGUCAUUAUUUUAAAAAAAAUCUUGGCUAUUCCAGAUCAAGCAACUGGCCUCAUAUCGGACUGUUAAGAAAACUGAAAAAAAGAAAUAAAUAAGCACAUAAUCAGUACUUAAAUUUCUAGAUAUGCCGACUAGUACAAGCAAUAUCUACGUGUUGAUAUUCUUGAUGUUGUUGAUUAUAAUUAAAGUUCUUAAGAAGGAUAUUGUUACUUUGAGAGGAUAUGGAUUUUCUUUUUUUACCACGUAGCGAUGUUACGGAAAAUACAUCCAGCAUCACCUUUUCUAGAUCUUCCUACAUGAAUAGUUAGUUGAGAAACAUUUGCUAAAUAGAGCAGCAAUCUCUAUUACAUUUCCAGGAAGCUGCAGCAGAUGUUAGACAUGCACAGCUAAGAGAGGUCACCAGGGCAACAACUUGUAGUAUAUAUUAUAUUUAGUUUUACAACUUGUGUGCACUCUGUAACCCUAAGGUGGUAUGUGAGCGGAAGGCGUUGUUUGCCAAACAUCAUAUUACUGAGUUACUUUAGCGGCUUCAUGUAACUCAUCUUUCUAUAGUAACAAAGUGCAGAAUUACAUGGAAUACUAUGGGAUAGAGUUGAAAACAAAGAUUUCAAUAUUUAGGUUAAAUAAGGCUGCUUUGUAAAAAUUCGCCAACUUGACCAUAAAUAGUCACAGUUUAGUAGUUUUAGCUUAAAUUGUACAAUUUGGUUUUGAAUUCACAGCUAUUUGCUACAAUAAAUGGGUUUAGUUACCAGUUAAGAAGCAGACAAGCUUUGAAAUAGUGCUUGGCUUUGUAUAUACAAAUUUAACUAUAAUGGACUAAAUUAUGUGAUUCCCUGUUGCAAUCAUCACUGUAAGGGUAAUCACCAUUACUGGGAGCAGAAGGACACUUUACAAAGGUCUAAGUCACACUGUGCCCAUUAUAGGUGCUGGGUGUUUAAAAUGUGUUUGUACACUGUUAAUUGUUUUGUGUGCUCUCCUAUCCUGUUGAUACUUGUUACCAACUAAGUGGAUUUGGCUAUAGAGCCUGUACAGCACCAUCUGUUGGUAGCAACAGCUAUAUGCACUUCCUGAAUAGCGAGGCUUGUUAAUUUGCAUAUACCGUUAGAUUUGCAUAUUGCUAAUUCUGCAGGCAGGAGUUUGUGUUAAAUAUUGUCUUCCCAACCUUUUUAUAAAUGUUAUUAUAAUCCUCUGUAUGUUUUCUGACAUGUUUUGUUUAUUUGUAUUUUAUUACGUUUGUCACAGCAAACUUGAUGUAAUAAACAUUUGGGCCAAGUAAGUGCCAAGUAAAAAUUAAGCUUUGUAUGUUAGUUUCUUUUUAGUGUCCUGUGUGAAUUGUUAGGGAUCCCAGUCACACAGUUGUCGUACCUGUUGGCUGGCUAGCCGUGGAAUGAGUAAAGAGAGCUAGGCCUGAGAGCUGCAAGUAACUUUAUAGAGGCAAUAGCAAGCACUACAAGCAGAGCUGCAGCAGAAUAGGCAGAGGGGACGAUACCUGUUUGGAAGAAGGGCAGCAGUGCAAUAGGCAGAGUGGACAAUGCCUGGUCAGGUAGAAAAGCUCCAGAAGGACCUCAGUCAAGCCAUGGGGCAGAAGCACCUCAGGUUUCCCGGUUCCAGCUAGUAAACAAGCUUGACAGAGGUACCCAGCUGGGGUACAGGGAGCUCCAUGACAAUCAAUGGUUUAGUGAAUAACCCUGUACAAGCUUUUGCUUAUUAUUUAAAGAAACAUUCCAAGCAUUUUAACCACUGCAGUCCCCUGCUGCACCUUUGCUGAAGGUCAUCUUACAUAACAUGUCAGCUACUAACUGUAAGGCUAGAUGACCCCCAUUCCUCCAAACACUAGUAGGCACCAGUCACUAUAGACUAAUAUGAUUAUUUGGAUGGGCUGUUCAUGAUUAGAGAGUAAUUUAGUUAAAGGGACACUCCAGGCACCCAGACCACUUCUGCCCAUUGGAGUGGUCUGGGUGCCAACUCCCACUACUCUUAACCCUGCAACUGUAAUUAUUGCAGUUUUUUUGCAGUUUUUUACCUUGCAGGGUUAACUCCACCUCUAGUGGCUGUCUACGGGAUCAGUCUCGCCCACCGGCCGAUGCAGUCAGAAGGAGGAGCGGCGCGGAGGACGAAGCAGCGACGAGGGACAUCGAUGCUGCCUCAGGUAAGUUACUGAAGGGGUUUUCACCCCUUCAGCAACCGGGGAUUGGGGAGUGGGAGGGAGAGGAGACAUGCAGUGCCAGGAAAAAGGAUUGUUUUCCUGGCACUGGAGUUUCCCUUUAAGUAUAAUAUUUACAAUGUCACAAGUAUGUAGAUUGUGUCAUUGUACAACAUAAGUUCUGAAAUAUAUAGGGUUUAUUUUAUUUUUUAACACAGUAAUAUUCUGUUUUCACAUUGAUUGACCAGUAAUUGGUUUUGUUUCAUGGACAUGCCAAUUGGCACAGUAAAUUGUAUUAACGUGUUGAUGGUUCUUCUUUAAAUGUCACUCAGAUUUUUACCGUGCUUCUUUUUUUUUUAGAUCUCUGUGAAACUGGAAUUUCCAAACAAUAUUUAAAUUUUUUGUUGCUUUAGCAUUUUAUUUGCCUCAAUGAUGGUUAUGUAAUUUUAUUUUUCACACUCUUAUCACAGUCAUUACAAAGUUCAGAGUGAGGUUACAUUGUCAUAGUGACAUAGUUGUCACAGUGGUCAGUGAGUGCUGUUUUUGGCACAGUGACAUUCCAGUUAUUAGUUAUUGGAGUGUUGUUUGUCAUAGUUACUCACAGUCAUCACACUCAUCUGAGACAUAUUUAAAAAGCUGUCUUAAGUAAAAACUGUCAUCACUUUUUGUUAUUAAUGCAAAUGAAUUUUAAUUAUUAAUAUUUGUGUUAUUUUUAUGCAUACGUAUCAACAAAUUUUAUUCUCCAGGCAUUAACCUCUUAAGGACCAGUGAUGGUCUAUGUUGUAAUAACAAUAUGUUCUUUAAAGGGACACUUCGCUGCCCAAAAAGGAGAAAUUAAAUAAUGUGUCUGCUUCUCCUGCUCUAUUAUAUAUCUUUGUCUGGACUGCACUGUUAUGUAAUUUACUAAAGCUUUAGUAUAAAUUUUAAAAGAAAAACGAGCAUCUCAUGAAUUAAAGGUUAACAUAAGUUAUCAGGGAUUUUCAAUAUUUUAUUCAAUGCUGUCAACUCUAGAGAAGUAACAGUUCCUUUUUAAAGAUCAGAUUCCAAAAUGGAAUGACCCACUCUUACUUACUAUAGGGCUUUGUGGAGCAGCCAAAGCCACAUAAAUGUAACAUUCCAUUGUGGCAUAUGAUUAAUAAGGACAAGAUUGUGGUGACAAACAGUGUACUAGUUAAUCCUUAAGUUAAGUCUCAUUUGGACCGAAGCACCAAUUAUCUUUCAAGGCUAUGCACAAUGUGAAUAGCUGAAGACAGCCCAGAAUACAUGUGAUGCCAGAUGUUGUAAAUGCACACUAGAUUUCAAAUACCUGCAUGGUCGUAGUUUGGAUCAAAGAGUAAUUAAAGGGACUAUCAAGAUCUCUAAGGCACUUUAACUUGCAUUAGUGCUUUACGUAAUUUUACAACAAGUGCAGUUUUUAGUGGAAAGUGUCAUUUUUAUAAAUUAACCCUGUUAAACCCCCACUGAUUGUCAAUCAGACAACUGGUACUGUUACUUCCUGGUUUUGUUAGCUCAGUGGAGCUAAACUCAAGAGGCAAGGAAUUGCCCAGAGCAUCUGCCUUGCAAAGACUUCUGCAUUUUGAAGCCUGUGAUUGGACUCGGUAAUAAGAGGAGGUUUUGCUUUGUCUUCAGACAGAAGAACUGUGACAUUUCCAAGCUGUUAAAAAAAAAAAAACAAAGCCUUAUAUGUACUAAAGAGUGAUUGUGUCCCUUGUAAGAUAAUCAUCCCCAUAAAGCAAUGCUAAUUCAGGAAAUGCACUAAAAGAUAUGUUUACUUAUGUUAUGCAUUUUAUGUUUUUAAUUCAAAUGUAAGCAUUGCAUUUUUUUCCUAAAAAUAAAUAUAGCAUUGCAACGGGCAUGUGAAAUAUAAUGGUGUAUAAACUCUAGUUAGAUGUAGGUACCAACACAACAAUUGAACAUUUAAAUACUUGUCCUUUUUCUAUCACAGCCGAGAUUCAGCACUGCCUAGUGAAUGCGGGAGAUGUGGGAUGUGGCGUCUUUGAAUGCUUUGAGAAUAAUUCUUGUGAGAUCCGUGGUUUGCAUGAGAUCUGCAUCGCGUUCCUGCACAAUGCUGGCAAGUUUGAUGCUCAGGUAACUGGCAGAACAACACUUAAAAAUGGAUUUUAAUGUAUUUAUUUCUUGAUAUUGCAAUUUAAGGCUUACUUAUAGCAUCAUAACCACUACAACCCCCUGGCCCUGUUCCCCGGCAAACCGUUUACCAAUGUUCUGCCUCCUUAGCAGUAUCCCUGCUAGGAUCCAAUGCUCUCUCGGGAUCUAGUAACAAGCUUCCUGCUUCUGCAGUAGCUGGAAGCCGUGGCAGUUGACAUUCAUUGGCUGAGAGUGUCAGCUGACCAGUGACUGACAUUGUCCCAUGAAAGUUGGACAGAAUUUGACAGCCUUCGGGCUGGCUGACACCACUAUGAUGCUACCAGAGUUGGAGUACAAAGCAAAACGCUGCAUAUAGAUACUCCAGGCACAAUGACCACUUCACAUCACUGAAGUGGUCAUCAUGCUUGGGAUAACCCUUAAAAGAGGUAUCUGAUGUAGGCGCAAUAUAUGCUAUACAAUAGUUUUAGUUGUUAGUUCAUUCUAAAUGUUUGGAGAUAGGAUAGUUGUCAAUGCAAGUAUUUAUUGGAAUUAGUAGUAAUCCUCAGAGAUGAAAACUUCACCCUGCGUCAUCAUUUUGAAUUUAAUGUCUAAUAAGAUCUGCUUGGUUGAACUGAACUGUUCAUCUAGCAGGUUGCGAUGCAGCUGUUGGAUUAAUUCUGAGUUUAGCUGCUUGUUUUAAGGUGAGGGAUUUUAUUUCCCAGGGUGUUGGUGCAAUGGAACUUUAAAUGAGACACAGGGCCCAGAUGAUGAAAGCAGCCACACAACUGACUUCUGCAAUGAAAAGGAGAGUUCAUUAAAGGUACACUCCAAGCACCAUUAUAACUACUGCCCACUGUAGUGCUUAUGGUGCCAGAAAUGUCCUGGCACCAUCUCAGUCUGAUACUCAAACCAUUUAAGAACAGUUUGACAACUUACACAGGGUCUGUCGAGCACCCACCACCUGCUCUGGAGAUGUGAGCUUCUGUUAUCUCCAAUGGACCAUGCCCAGCCAAUUGAUUCAUCCCUGCACUGCCAGGCUCUGUUUAGUGCAGGAGAUUCCAAGCUACAGAGGUGGAAGCCGGACCCAGUGGACGCUGGGUAAGUUGUAAAAGCAUUCUUAAACCACUUGACUUCACAUAAACUCUACAGCAGACUAUAGUGGUUAUGUUGCUUGGAGUGUUCAUUUUAAACUAUGCUUUGAGCACCAUAACCACUGCUGACAAAGUCACACGAUAAGCUCUGCUGGGCACACACAGCCCUAUUUUGUGGUAGUAAUUUGGAUGCUGAGAUGCUUUUCUACACAUGCGUGGACAGUCCAGUACCAGAAGUUAUUUUAUAGAUUUAGCCACUGUAGGCAGAUGAACGCAGAUCCAUUAUGGUGGCCAUAUUGGAGGAGGCAGAAGCAAUCUGUGCUUUUUAAUUUAUAGUUCUUAUGAAUUUUUUUUAUUAGCUCAUUUUGUAUGUUACAUUUUGUAUCUAAAUGAAAGGUAUGUCAAGGGACACUGUGGGCACUGUUUUGUCUCAUUGAAGAUGUUAUAGUGUCGGGUGCAAUAGUUCCAGUCCUAAACCGUUUUUAAUGCUAAAGAGUUCCCAGCAGCCCAUCCCCUCCGUGCUUCCUGGGCUAAUCAAAAAAAACCAUUAGUCUGAGCAGAAAUGGGUGGAUGUGAUUUGGUGAGUGUCAGCUGACCUCUUACAGCCUAUCACAGUGCUCAUUACUGGCAUGAAUUGGUGUAGCAAGAAGGAAGUGUAUAAUAUCUGCUUCAGUCAUACUUCCUGUAGGGAAGUGUUAAACUGCUCGAAAAUGGUUACUGAAUGAAGGUACAGGGGACACCAGGCACAAUAACCAAUUCAAUGAGUAAUUUUUAAUGAUACCGAGAGCUUCUGUAUAACCAGAUGUUAGAAGAUGAUAUAUAUAUAUAUAUAUAUAUUAUAGUGUUUUUUUGUUUUGUUUUCUUAAUUUCCUUAGGGAAAGUCAUUCAUAAAAGAUGCAUUGAAAUGCAAAGCUCAUGGACUGCGGCACAAGUUCAGCUGCAUCAGCCGCAAAUGCCCUGCCAUUAAAGAUAUGGUUCAUCAGCUCCAGAGGGAAUGCUAUGCCAAACAUGAUCUCUGCUCUGCUGCCAAGGAAAAUGUCCAAGUGAUAGUGGAGAUGAUUCACUUCAAAGAUCUUCUGUUACACGAGUAAGUGAUGAUGUUCAGGGAGCACUGCAUUUAUGCCAGUCAUUUAUUGGAAGAUGCUAACAGGACAUCUUGUUAAGACGAUUAGCUGGAUAGCAACACAGUUCAUUGAAGGUCCACUGCGACCACAUUUACAGGUCUGCUAUUAAAACAAGGAUUUACAAAAAUUAUGUAACGCCAGCCUGAAAAGAAUAUGUAUUGUUUAGCAGAUCACAUUCAAUUAUCAUACACUAGCAAUACCCAAUUACUUUAAUUCCAAAUAACAUGGGAAAAACUGUCAGUUUAAGUGAUAUACACAAAAGUUGCCAAUAUUUUGGUUUAUCCACUAAACUAUGAAUUGUGGGCAAUCGCCAAGGAAACUAUAAAAUUACAGACCAGAAUAAUUGAACUGAAAAAUUCUCCAACUCCCCAAUUUUGCACCUCAGCUAUUUUGGCCUAAAAUUGUUAUUACCAUGUACAUUCACCACAGUUCCACCAAUAGUAAAGAAACUUAAUAUUACACUUAAUGAGUAUAAAGUUAUAAAUGUUCUUCCUUCUGUCUUUUUUCCUAUUUUUUAUUUUUUAUCGUGGAUGCAAAGUGUUGACCCGUGCAGACACAUGUCUCCAAACAUUUCAAAUGGACUAAGAGGGACUCUUUAAAUUUAGGGAUGUGAGUGGGGUUGUGGCCAGGUACAGGUCUGUUCUGCAAAAUAUUAAGUGACUUACUAAUAACAAUAUUUGCAACUACAAUGUAAUUUAGAACAAGAACAAUGUAUGUUAUUUACACAGACUGGUUUCUAAACAUAUUUAUUUUUUUAAGACACAUUACUGGGAGUAUUAUCACUGUGGAGCUCUGUUACACACUGAGACACACCAACAAUAUGGAACAGAGGGAUGUGUGCCCAAAAUGGGGACUGUUCUUCCUAAAUAAAGACACUUGGGAGGUUUACAGACAGAUAACCACUUCUUUGUAUGGAUCAAAACGAAAACUUUUUGUGGAGUUUAUUUACUAAAUGGUGGGUAAUUGAAAAGGGAAAUCCAAAUUUUAGAACAAAAUCACCAAAGUGCAAAAAUAAUAGAUACAUUUUCUGGUUUGGGAAAAAAAUAUUCUACCCCCCCCUUUUCUAUUCAGUUUAGUCUAUAGAUUAUAAUUUGUGUGCAUAAUCGUAAAAUGUGUCAAAAUAACACAUGCACAAUGGAAAAAAAGUGUUUUUUAUUUUAUAAUAAUGUAAAAAUAUCUCUUGGACGGACUUGAUUCCUCCCCCUUAAUUUUUGGAGCAGACUGUUUUUGCAGUUUCUGUUUUUUUUGACAGAAUGAGUCCUGUACUCCUGGUACGGUCAAGUUUCUUAAAAACGUACUUUCAGCACAUUCACUAUUGGAUACGUCGAUGAUCCUAUGGGUCAGCUGUCCGACUAUAUUUACAAACUAUCUUAUCCAAGUCACUGCCGCUUGCAUUUGUCCAUACCUCCCAAGUGUCUAUAUUGAGGAGGUCUCUUUUCUGUGCUAAUCUCCCUCUUUUCGAUGAGCUGCAUAAUGUUGGUGUGUCAGAGUAUAUAACAGAGCUCCACAGCAAUAAUACUCCCAGUAAUGUGUCUUUAAACUACAAUAAAUGUGUUUUGAAAUCAGUCUGCGUAAAUAAGACACAUUGUUCUUGCUCUAAAUUACUAUUAUUUGCACAAAUUGUUAUUAGUAAGUCGCCUAAAAUUUCUCAGAAUAGUCCUGCCUCGGGCCACACUUUCACUCCUACACCUAAAAUUAAUGUGUCCCACUUUGUCCAUUUGAUAUGUUGGGAUGUAUGCUUUUUCCUGUUAUGUGUUCAUUUCACACAGCAACUUUAAAAUGCCUAUUAAUGUAUUUCCAAUGGACAGAUAGACACUGAUACUCAUCACCCGUUAGUCUACUAAGUUUUGCAUCUCCAGUGGGUACAGAUCAGUCUGUGUUUUCUCUCGAUGUGAUACCUGCCCCUUAAGCAAUGUGGCCGUAACAAAUUUUGACUGUUGUCUAAGAAGAUGCUAUAAUUUUCAUGUGCAAAAUAUCAUUCUUGCUAUAGAUUCCACGAGUAAUGUGGUUUAAACAGAGAAGGUAAAUUAGUUUUUGUCAGCAAAAUGUGACUUUAGUUUAAAUCCUGCCUAUAUUUCUAAAUCUCUGUACGUAAUAGUUUAGAUUUCACUUUGUGAACCGAUUAUUUUUUAUUUUUUUUGUCAAUGUGUUCGUUUCUCAACAGACAGUUAAUUUAGUGGAACACACUCGCUUCUCAGUGUGUAAUUAAAUCUAUUAACAAAGAUGCAAUGACAAUUCAAGCAUAAGCAUAGGAUUUUAAGACAUGAAGGACCUAGUCCACUAACACCUAAUCUAAUACCCAGAUAUUUGUUUGCUACAUUUCCAACAUUUAAAUAAAAUGAAGAUAAUUUGUUUUAAAUUCUUGUAUAAAAAUAGUAAUAGGCAGGGCAUAUAUAAGCAUUAGGGGACGGUCAAGUAUGCUUAUCUUGCUCUUCUAGUUACAUGUAGGAAGAUGUAGAUGGUAUAUUGUAGAGUAAUUACUGCAAUGCCACACUCCACUUAUGCAAUGAAAUUAUUAAUUGUAUCUAUGUUUUACUCUAGACCUUAUGUUGAUUUGGUGAAUGUUCUGCUGACAUGUGGAGACGAGGUAAAGGAAGCAAUCACCAGCACUGUUCAGUCCCAAUGCGCCCAAAACUGGGGUAGCCUGUGUUCCAUCAUUAGCCUUUGUUCAUCAACCAUUCAAGGGGAUGGAGUGGUUGUGUCAAGCUCUGUUUCUGUCAAGAACCAAGACAAGAACCAAGAUACUGGCAAGGCCUCUCGCAACCAAAGUGAGUCUCCUUCACAAUCAGAUGUGGAACGAGAUGGUGGAAAGACUUCUAAACAUGACAAAGAAAAAAUUAUUAAAGGACAUCCAAAUGUUCAUGCCCGUCCCAAGACUAGUUUCAAUCACAAAAUGGCAUAUAGCGCCACUGAACUUUCUGAUGAACCGGCUGGGUUAUCAGAUAUCAGGAGGUGA